AUGCAGGCUUUUAGUGUAGCUUUAGGAAAGGUUAUUAAACCCUAUAAUAGACCCAUGGUGUGUAACAUACAUGCUGAUAUGCAUUCAAAUGUCUGAGAUUGUAAAUUGGCAUCCUAAUACAUGUCUACAUGUAUUAGCAUUAGCAUCACAUCAGCAGGUAUCCUUAAUAAGAAAGUGGAUGAGAAAGAAUAGCAGAGAACAUAACCUUGAUUUAGAGAAGAAAGGGAGAAAACUGUAUAUGAUCUGCCAUGUUGUUUUAGGCCAAAGCACAUUCACUGAGGUUGGUCUCCAAGCAUGCACCAAAUUCUUGGAUGUCUUUCCACAGUGAAUCACCAUUGGCACCGGAAUAUGGAUGACUUACAAAAUUAGGUUAAAGUACAGGUAAUACAGAUUCAUUGUAGACAAGCAGAUAUCCGCUUCAAUGUGCAGUCUGUUUAACUGCUCUUCGGGGAAAGCUGUAGUUUAACAUUCAAAUAUGUUUUAGUAAUAAAUAUUUUUGGAUUACGUAAUAAAAGCUGAAUAAUGAAAUGUCUUUGAUAAUAUUUUAAGACACUAGUAUAUCUUAUUUAUAUAAAGCAUAUGCUGUUUUAGCACUGUUUGUGUUUUCUUACUCCCUCGUGACAAUUCCUUUUUAAUUCCUGACAAUUUUUACUUUAGUAAAUAGCCCUGUCAUUGGUGAUCACUGUCAGUGAGGUGGAUGUGAGUCAUGUCUAUACGUAAGCAUUGAAUCAUGAAAACCUGUUAGUAUUUUAUACAAGCAAAAAUCUACCUGUCUGUUGCUUUUUAUCGAGUUUAAUUGCAGAUUUUUGCAAAAAUGUUAAUAUCUGUACUGUUUUUGUGGAUAACUAUUGUAUACUUCUCUGUAUAUCACUGGAGGAAUUGAGGAUUGUUAUUUGUCACACCCUUUAACUACCUGGUUUUAAAUCAAAGUCUCUUAAUGUAUUUAAUUUUUAUUACAGGGUGGUGUGUUGGGUAUUAAGAUUGGUUGGAUGUGUGAUCUUGAUAAGUCCUGGGACUUAUGUCUUCCAAGUUACAGCUUUACCAGACUUGAUGGUGUAUCAGCCAAGAGCAAUGUUUCACCGGGAUACAAUUUCAGGUAAGAAAAUCUUUGAGAGGGUUUUAUAUAUCGGGGUACACUUAUAUGAGUAGAAAAGAGACAUCCAUAGUUAAAGGGACACUAUAGUCAUCAGAACAACUACAGCUUAAUGUUCUUUGUUCUGUUCAAUAUAUUCAUUCCCUUCAGGCUUUUUGCAGAGAAAGGGCAGUGUUUAUAUUACAGCCUAGGGCUGGUAAAAACAACCUUUGGCACCCCGGAUGUUUUGGACUACACCUCCCAUGAUGCUUUGCCAGCAUUAUAGGUGUAAAGGCAUUAUGUGAAAUGUUGUCCAAAACAUCUGGAGUGUAGAAGGUUGCCUAUCCCUGGCCUAGGGAUACCUAUACUGGCCACUUCUCAGAUGGCUACUAGAGGUGCUUCCUGGGGCUAUAUUCAGUGUCUCCACCCUCUGCAUGCACUGAACUUUCCUCAGAUUCAAUGCAUCUAUAUGAGGAGGUGCUGGUUGGCCAGGGUGGGCUUUGACUCUGCCCGUCGAGCUGACCUCCUUGGCUGACAUCAUCAGAAUUGAAAUGCUCAGCCAAUCCAAUGCCUACCUGUGAUUGGCUCAGAUCACCUCUUCUGAUGAUAUCAGCCAAGUAUGCAGAUCAGGGGCAGAACCAGUAGCAGCAGACUGGAAUAAAGGUAAUAUUUUACUAUACUUAGAGGGAAAGGUAGGGCAGUGGGGUCAGGUAGUGUUUUUAACACAAUAGGGUCAGGGAUACAUGUUUGUGUUCCUGACCCCAUAGUGUUCCUUUAACAUGUAUAUAAUAUAUUGUAUAUAAUAUAUGAUGAAAUAUUUAUAUCACUUGUUUCCAUGCUGUUAAUUGUUAUUUGUGGUAGAAUAGUAUUCAGAUGAGUGUGUGCUGCACAAGUCAUAUAGCAGCGUAUUAUCUUUAAAUAUGUAUUUAUUGUUCAUUUGCAUUUCAGGUUUGCAAGGUAUUUCAAGAGUGCCAAUGGUUCCGAGUUCCGGACUCUAGUGAAAGCUUAUGGAAUCAGAGUGGAUGUUUUGGUUUACGGUAAUGUAAGUUCAAAGAAAAUUAUUAACUGUUCAAUCAAACAUCUGCAGAUAUCAAAUAAUCUUGAAAGCCUAAAGGAUUGCUGAUGUAACCUUGGUUAUCCAAAGUGUAUUUUACCAUCUGCAGUGCAACCGGGAGCUAUAAUUUCUAACAUUUAAACUUGCAUACCAAAUGCUGACAUAAAGCGGACAAAAUUCUGCCUUCUGGAGCCACUACACAUCCAAUAUGUGUUCACACAGCAUUGCAACUCAUCAUGAUUUUUUUCCGCAUUUAUCUAGGCUCCUUCAGCAACAGCUUGCUGUUGUACAGAUUUUGGAUCAAAAAUAUACUGGGGAUUUAAUCAACAAACACUGAAUUGUAGCGAAUUGCAACUCAAAUUGCAAGGUUUAGGCAGUUUUAGAACUUAAAAAGGAUUCAACAAAGCCAUAGUCUGUUGGUAGGCAACUUACAGCAUUACAGAUGUUGCAGACUACAUCUCCCUUGAUGCUCUUACAGCCAUAAUGCUGGCAAAGCAUCAGAGGAUAUGUAGUCCACAACAUCUGGAGUGCCGAAGGUUGCCUACCUCUGCUUAUGGCCAUAUACCUGCCAGUCUUCCUAGCCCACUUUCUGUGGUGGUGGUGGUCAUGACAAGAGAGCUGGCUACACAGUACAAGCGGUUGGUCCUCUCAUGAAAUGACCUGCUUCCUUAAGUAAGACUAUGCAUAGAGUGCUGCUGAAGCACUCUGUUCAUGGUCCUAUUGCCUGGUCAUUUCCUGCAUCUUGAAGCAGCUUGACAAAGAUCCCAUUGAGGAUUGAAACGUUGCUAUAUUUGUUGUGUUUUUCAAUAAAUCUGCUGCUUUAUGAAGACCUUGAGUGUCUGGAGUACUUUAUUUUCUCUUAUCCUUUUUUUUUUUUUUUUUUUUAGACUGUUGGCACAAGUGAGUUACAACUUAUCUAUCUGAGUCUAAUUCUUGCAAUUUUGAUUUGAUUUACUAUAUUAUACGGUGUUUGGUGAUUAUUUGAGGAGACACAUCAGAGUGACAAACAAAAACAAAAGAGCUUAACAAACAUCUAUAAAAAGACAGAAAUACAGUGGAAAGAGACACAGGGAAUCACCUCAAACAUUUACAGACAAAUACAGAUGUUGACUUUAUGUGGUCAUUGUGGAGUCCUGACUCCUAUAAAAAUAGUCACAUUAAACUAUGUAAGCUUCCUUGUCUUAUCACUAGAGCGGACACCUGGAUGUUCGGGUCCGGGGGGGUGGCCGAACUUUGAAAAAAAGUCCGGGGUCAGGCUCAAACUUGACCCCGAACCUCAUUGAAGUCAAUGGGGACCCGAACUUUUGGCCACAAAAAUGACUCUAAAAAACUCCUGGAUAGGAGAAAUCACUUAAAAAUAACAUAAAAUAAGCAGCCGCUUAGUAGAUAACUCCCUAAUUCACACAGUCUUUCCCUAAAUUGUUCUUUCAGCCACAUUUACUAAUACUAAGUAAAGAUUACUUAGUAUUAGUAAAUUCAGCCCCUACUCGCUAUACCGCGAGUAGGUGCGUGUCUAGUAAACAGUGAGCAGCCAGUGGCUCACUGUAAAAAAAAAAAACCCAAAAAAACAACCUAUUACUCCUAGCCCUGUGCGAUGGGUGGGGACCCUAAAUAAGAAUGUGGAGGGGGGGGACCUACUAUGCACCCCUGAGCAGUGGAUGGGGGCCAUAAAUAAAAAUUUUGGGGGGACCUAAUGUUCUCCCCCCCGGCCCCCACCCCUGAGCGGUGGGAGGGGGCCAUAAAUAAAAAUUGGGAGGGACCUAAUGUCCUUCCCCCGGCCCCCACCCCUGCGCGGCGGGUGGGGGCCCUAAAUAACAAUAAGGGGGGAAACCUAAGGUCCUCCCCCUGCCCCCCACCCCUGUGCCGGCGGGUGGGGACCCUAAAUAACAAAGAGGGGGACCUAAUGUCCUCCCCCCCGACCCCACCCCUGAGCAGUGGGUGGGGACCAUAAAUAAAAACUCCCCCCCAGGUAACUCUGGGUCCCCAAACCCCUAGUCACCCUCUUCCCCCCAAACAAAAUUACCCCUACCUACCCCCUCAUCCUAAAAAUAAUGAGGGGGGACCCUUGUCUAAAUACCUGUAAAAAAAAAAACAGACUUACCAUUUGAUGUCUUCUUUCUUCUAAAAUCUUAUUUCUUCAUUCCCAAAAAAGGCUAAAUAAAAAUCCAGAAUAACCGACGCACUUUAAAAAAAAAAAAAAAAUCCUUCUUCACCCAUGGAGGGCUCCACGCAGACUGAGCAAGUGACCCAGCCUCUAUAGAAGCUGGUCACUUAGUAUUAGUAAAUUAUGCCCCUACUUGCUAUAACGCGAGUAGGGGCGUGUCUAGUAAACAGUGAGCAGCCUGUGGCUGCUCACUGUGUAAAAAACAAAAAAACUAUUAUUUAGGGCCCCCACCCGCUGGCACAGGGGUGGGGGCCAGGGGGGAGGACCUUAGGUUUCCUCCCUUAUUGUUAUUUAGGGCCCCCACCCGCCACGCACCGCCGGGGGGGAGGACAUUAGGUCCCCCCAAUUUUUAUUUAUUAUAAAGCCUUGCCCCGCCCUGCAAUUAGGCUCAGAGCACUCUGAUUGGUAGGUUUAAGCUCUGACAGGUAAAUGAAGAGAAUGACAGAGUCUCUAUAUUUACCUGUCACAGCACUCUGAUUGGUUGACUUGAAAUCCACCAAUCAGAGUGCUCUGUGUCAUUUUACUCAGUGUGGGAAAGUUCUUUGGAAUUUUACCACGCUGUGUAAAACCACACAGAGCACUCUGGCUGGUUACUUAAUUUUUAUUUAUGGCCCCCACUCACCGCUCAGGGGUGGGGGCCGGUUGAGAGGACAUUUGGGCCCCCACCCGCCGUGUGGGAAAGACAUGAGGUCCCCCCCAAUUUUUAUUUAUGACCCCCACUCACCGCUCAGGGGUGGGGGCUGGGGGGGAGGACAAUAGGUCCCCCCCUUAUUGUUAUUCAGGGCCUCAACCCGCACAGGGGUGUGGGCUGGGGGGAGGACAGUAGCCCCCCCUUAUUGGUAUUUAGGGCCCCCACCCACCGCUCAGGGGUGGGGGCCGGGGGGAGCAAUAGGUCCCCCUUUCGUUUAAAAGCCCCCACUCACGCGUCGUGGGUGGGGGCUCAGGAUGGGGCAGUAUUUUUGUUUUUUAAACAGUGAGCAGCCACAGGCUGCUCACUGUUUACUAGACACGCCCCUACUCGCGUUAUAGCAAGUAGGGGCAUAAUUUACUAAUACUAAGUGACCAGCUUCUAUAGAGGCUGGGUCACUUGCUGCACUGGCCAAUCACAGCCAUGCCAUUAGAUGGCUUCUAAGGGUACAUGAGUCAGAUGCUUGUUGAUUGGCUGCCCUGCAGCCUUUCAAAACGCGUCAUUAAAUCGCCAAAAUCCGAACUCCAACCCGAACAUACAGUUAUAUGUCCAUGUUCGGGUCCGGGGUCUAUAAAACGUAAUGUUCGGUAAAAACCAAAACUUUUUCAGUUCGGGUUCGCUCAACUCUACUUAUCACAUCAGAACAACUAUGCUUUCACAAACUGACCCAGAUAUUACAUGUGAAUGUGCUCUUCAGAAUGUUAUAUUAAUAUUAUUAUUAUUAAUUUUAUAGUGGAAUGUUCCUGAAACUUACAUUUACAAACUGGACUUGUUCCAAAGCAUAUUUAUUUGUGUAUCUCUUUCAUCCUAAGAUUAUUUCCCUUUCUGUGUUGCUGGUUGCAGACAGUUAACUCAUCUAUGAUGUAUUUUGUAUUUCUACUUUAGGCUGGGAAGUUUAACAUCAUCCCAACUCUUAUCAAUACUGUGGCAGCAUUUACAUCUGUGGGUGUGGUGAGUUAUUUUGUCACCUCUGUCUGAAAUAUAAUGUGGAGUUUUGCUGAAUGCACAUUGUAAACAAGAGCACUGUUACAUGCUGGUGAAUUAUUAAAGCAAACAAAUGAUGUAGAAUUACAGAGUCUCUGAAAUCUGGCGUGAGUGCAGGAUGUUGAGCAAAUUAUUCAAAUUUUUUUGUAAGAUUUCAUUUCUGCUUAUCCCAUAUAUGGUAAAUCUACUAUUCUUGUAUUGAAGAAGGAAAAAAAAAAGAUUCCAGAUGUAGCUGGACAGCAAAUUUGUUACCAAAAAGGCAUGAUAGAAAGAGUAAUUAUAAAAGUAGAGCAAUCUACUUUACAUAGGUUUCCAGAAUGACUGCUCCAAUUUUAGAACUUUGCCCCUGAAUUAUUCUUUAUGGGAAAUCCUCUAUAUUUAAAUAUGUUUAUAAAUAUUAGAGUUGUGCAGCAUUCAGCUUCAGGACAACUCCUACAAAACCAAUGAUCAGGUGAUCAUGCGCACAUUGAAAUGUAUAUUACAUAGUUACAUGGUAGUCUAGGUUGGAAAAAUACUUAAAGUCCAUCAAGUUAAACCUUUAAAACCCCAAAGGAAGGCAUUUCCAAUUAUGCCACAAAAAGGGGAAACAAUACCUCUAGACUCCAUAAUGACAAUCAGAUUGGUCCAACAAAUCAACAACCUGCUCAUCUACAUAUUAAUUAUAUCCUUGAAUAUUCUGGUUUUGCAAAAAACAUCUAAGCCUUUAAAAAAAAAUAAAAAUAUCCAUAAUCUGAUAAGACAGCCUAUUUGGGUUGAGAUUCCCACAUUCUUAUUGUUCUGGCAGGGUUUCUUAGCUGUUUUAAACAGCAACCCUUACUUUUUCAGUGUCUGAGUUUUCAGCUGAGAUUAACGAUCAGCUCCUUCAGUAUGUUGCCACGGUUUACUCACCUGAUAGUAGUAAACAGCCCUGCUGCUAAUCAGGCAGCCUAUUUAACCCCUUAACGACGCUGGACGGAAAUUUCCGUCAAUUACUAAAGUUAACACCAGAUCGCCGCAAUCGCGGCGAUCGUGGGGUUAACACUGUUGCUGGGUACCUCGGUGUUUGAGGAAGCCCAGCAACAGCCAGUAGCGCUGUCCCAGCACAUGUGAUCGCUGUGACAGCCAGUCACAGCGAUCACAGUGCUGCUGGGAAUUCUGAUCCUCCUCCCUCCACCUCUGUGUGUGUUUAGAAGUGGAGAGUGACGGAUCGUUUGAAACUUUGUGUCCCUUGACAGACACACAGUGUUUAAAAGUUUAAAACAUUUUUUUACCUCCUUUACCUGUGAAAAUUAACAAGGGUUUAACCCUUUGACCACUGGCAGCAGUGAUCACAAUACUGAUCACAGUACUUUACUGAGAUCAGAGGUUUUUUUUUAACCCUCAGGGAUUAACUUUAUUUUCUUUUUAACCCUCAGGGGUUAAAUAUAUUUAAUUUUUUAUUUUUUUUUACUAUUAUUUUCAGUUAAUUAGUUAGCUGGGGUGAAUUGAAGCUAGGGGGAAUUGAGGAAUCUAGCGUUAGUGUAGCUAGGAAGCUGAAAAGUUUUAGAAAGUUAUUAAAAGUUUGUAAAAGUUAUUAAAAGUUUAUAAAAGUAUAAAAAAAAGUGAAAAAAGGAAAAAAGAGGAAAAAAAAGUAGUUUAUUUUAAGUCAAAGCAUUUCUGCUUUGCUAGGUGUAAGCACGGUGAUCUGAUUCCUGUUUUUACCCACAGGGGUUCAUUUUUUUAAAACUUUUUAGAAGUUUUAGAAAGUUUUUAAGAGUUUUAAAAAAGUUUUAAAAAAGUAUUAAAAAAAGUUCAGAAAACAAACAAAAAAGUAUAAAAAAAGUUAAAAAAACAAAACAAAAAAAUACGUUAUUUAGUUAAAGUUAAUUUUAAGCUUUCACCAUGCUUAGAAGGUUUAGUGCCGAGGAGGCAUAUAAUAUAUUAGCAGCCGACUCAGAGGCAACCGACACUGCCUCAGAGAGUGCAGAGGGUGACUAUGUGCCAGACACAGAUGAAGAAAGUGACGAUACCCCUGGCACUGCUCCUGGCGCUGAUAUCUGGGUGCCCCCUAACAAUUUUGUCCCCUACAUCCCUCUGUUCACUGCGACUCCUGGUAUUCAGGGAGACGUGACCAGCUAUAACUCCCAGGAUUUUAUGGAGCUGUUCCUUGGGGAUGAUUUUUUAGGGCAGAUAGUUGCACAAACAAAUAUUUAUGCAGCGCAUUAUCUGGCACAAAAUGCAACAAGUCACCUUGCCACAAAAGGGAGCUGGUACCCCACCAGUGUGCCAGAGUUAAAACAGUUCUGGGCACUAACCAUGCUAAUGGGAAUUAUAUAAAAGCCCAGCAUCCGAAUGUACUGGUCCAAAAACCCAGUAUGCAAUACUCCCAUUUUCUCUCAGACCAUGAGUAGGCCCAGAUAGGAAACAGUACUGCGUUUUCUGCACUUCAAUGAUAACUCGAAGUGCCACCCCAAAGAUCAUCCGCAGUAUGACAAACUCUAUAAAAUCCGCCCCCUAAUUAACCAUUUUAAUAAAGAAUUUGGCAUAAUUUAUACUCCCCAAAAGAAUAUAUGUAUUGACGAGUCCCUAAUGAAAUACAAGGGUAGACUGGGGUUCAAGCAAUACAUCCCAGCCAAAAGAUCCCGGUAUGGCAUCAAGCUAUACAAGUUAUGUGAAAGUAGCAGUGGGUAUGUUUAUACCUUCAGAAUAUAUGAAGGUAAAGAUAGCCACCGGGAUCCCCCAAGUUGCACUGAUGUAGUUGGGACUAGCGGAAAAAUAGUUUGGGAUCUAAUGAACCCGCUACUGAACAAGGGGUACCACCUCUACCUUGAUAUUACAUAGUUACAUAGUUACAUAGCUGAAAAGAGACUUGCGUCCAUCAAGUUCAGCCUUCCUCAGAAAUGUUGUUGCUGUUGAUCCAAAAGAAGGCAAAAAACCUGGUCUGAAGCACUUCCAAUUUUGCCACAAACUAGGAAAAAAUUCCUUCUUGACCCCAAAAUAGCAGUCAGAUGUCUCCUUGGAUCAAUCAGCUAUUACCCACUAAUUAGAAAUUAUAUCCCUGUAUGUUAUGUUUUUGUAAGUAUUUAUCCAAUUUCAGUUUAAACAUCUGUAUGGACUCUGACAAAACCACCUCUUCAGGCAGAGAAUUCCAUAUCCUUAUUGUUCUUACUGUAAAAAAACCUUUUCUUUGCCUUAGAUGAAAUCUCCUUUCUUCCAGCCUAAAUGUGUGACCUCGUGUCCUAUGUAUAACCCUGUUUAUGAAUAGAUUUCCAGAUAAAGGUUUGUACUGGCCCCGAAUAUAUUUGUAUAAAGUUAUCAUAUCCCCUCUCAGGCGCCGUUUUUCCAAACUAAACAGAUUUAAUUUUUGUAACCUUUCUUCAUAACUAAAAUGCUCCAUUCCUUUUAUCAAUUUUGUAGCUCGUCUCUGGACCCUCUCCAGUGCCAUGAUAUCCUUCUUUAGAACAGGCGCCCAAAAUUGCACAGCAUAUUCAAGGUGUGGUCUUACCAGCGAUUUAUAAAGAGGCAAAAUUAUAUUUUCAUCCCGAGAAUUUAUGCCCCUAUUUAUACAUGACAAAAUCUUACUGGCCUUAGCAACUGCAGAUUGACAUUGCAUAUUGCUGCCUAAUUUGUUGUCUAUAACAAUGCCCAAAUCCUUCUCGUGUGUGGUUAUCCCUAAUUCACUACCAUUUAGUGUGUAAGUUGCUUGUGCAUUCUUAACCCCGAAGUGCAUAACUUUGCAUUUUUCUAUGUUAAAUUUCAUCUGCCAUUUUAGUGCCCAGUCCCCCAAUCUAUCCAAAUCUCUCUGCAACAAAGCAAUAUCCUGCUCACAUUUUAUUACUUUACAAAGUUUUGUGUCAUCUGCAAACACUGAUACAUGGCUUUCAAUGCCUAUUUCAAGAUCAUUUAUAAAUAUGUUAAAUAGAAGUGGUCCCAAAACAGAACCCUGAGGGACACCACUUACCACUUUUGUCCAGCCUGAAAAUUUACCAUUAAUGACAACUCGUUGUACUCUGUCCUUAAGCCAAUGUUCUACCCAAGAACAGGAAUAUUCAUCUAGACCAAUUUCUUUUAGUUUGAAGACUAACCUAUUGUGAGGAACCGUAUCAAAUGCCUUGGCAAAGUCCAAGUAGAUCACAUCCACUGCAACACCCUGAUCUAUACUUCUACUUACUUCUUCGUAGAAUGCAAUUAGGUUAGUUUGACAUGACCUAUGUUUCAUAAAACCAUGCUGAUUAUUGCUAAUAACAAAGUUCUUCCCAAUGAAUUCCUGAAUAUUAUCCCUUAAUAGCCCUUCAAAUAUUUUCCCAGUUACUGAAGUUAAGCUCACAGGUCUAUAAUUUCCAGGCAAGGAUUUUGAACCCUUUUUAAAUAUAGGAACAACAUCUGCCUUCCUCCAAUCCUCCGGUACAACACCUGAAACAAAAGAAUCUUGAAAAAUUAAAUACAGAGGUUCACUUAUUUCCCCACUUAGCUCCUUAAGUACUCGUGGGUGAAUACAGUCAGGCCCCGGAGCUUUAUUUACAUUAAUUUUCUUUAAUAGCUGUAGCACCUUGUCUCGAGUUAUCCAGUCACAAGUUAUUUGCAAGUUUUUUGCAGCAAACAUUUGCAUAUCUCUUGCCAUAGGAUCCUCAUUAAUAUAUACUGAAGAAAAAUAGUUAUUUAAAAUUUCUGCUUUUUCCUGGUCUUCAUUAGCUAAUAAACCCAACUCUGUUUCAAGUGUACCUACACUUUCAUUUUUUGUUUUUUUAGAAUUGAUGUACUUGAAAAAAAAUUUGGGGUUGGUUUUGCAUUCUUUAGCUAUCAAUUUCUCAUUUUCUAGUUUAGCCACUUUAAUUGCCUUUUUGCAAGUGUUAUUGGCUUCCUUAUAUCUUAAAUAGGAUGCCUUUGAUUUGUCUGAUUUAAAUGCUUUAAAUGCCCUUUUCUUAUUUUUAAUCUCUUGUUUUACUUCUCUACUAAGCCACAUUGGUUUUAAUUUGUUUCUUUUAUAUUUAUUACCCAAUGGUACAUACUGAGAAAUGUACCUUUCUAAUAUAUGUUUGAAUAGUUUCCAUUUAUCCUCAGUGUUUUUAUCACUAAGGAGUUUAUGCCAGUCGAUAUGUUGUAGAGCUGCCCUAAUCUUAUUGAAAUUGGCUUUUUUUAAAUUAUAUGUUUUAGUAUACCCCACCUGCUUUUGCUUUUUUGAGUUUAUUUCAAAAUUUACCAUAUUGUGAUCACUAUUUCCCAAAUGCUCCCCUACUUGAAUGUUGGUUAAAAUAUCAACAUUGUUUGUUAUGACAAGAUCCAGACAAGCAUCCUGUCUAGUUGGUGCUUGUACCAGUUGUGACAUAAAGGUGUCAUUUAACACAUUCAAAAACCUGAUUCCCCUUGCUGAAGUACUAGUCCCUCUUUCCCAAUUUAUGUCUGGAUAAUUAAAAUCUCCAAUAAUUAACGUGUUACCUCGAUUUGCAGCUUUCUCAAUUUGCUCUAACAGCUGUUCUUCCUCAUUAAUAUUUACAUUAGGUGGUUUAUAACAUAUCCCAACCAAUAAUUGAUUUCCCUUUGUUUUCCCCAAGCAGAUAUCUACCCAUAAAGCCUCCACCUUUUCCUCGUCACACUCCACAUGCCUAAGAUUUGACUUUAACUCACGGUUGACAUAUAAACAUACCCCACCACCCUUCUUGUUUUUCCUAUCCUUCCUAAAUAACGUAUACCCAUUUAAAUUAACUGCCCAGUCAUGUGUCUCAUCCCACCAUGUUUCUGUUAUGCCUAUUAUAUCAUAUUGUUUAGUGUAUGCUAUUGCCUCUAGUUCCCCCAUUUUGUUAUAUAGGCUCCUUGCAUUAGUAAGCAUACAUUUAAUAUUAUCAUGAGUCUUUUGUACUUUUUGUGAAUUAUCAAUAUUACAUACCUCCUCUGUUCUGAGUUUUCCCCUCCCCCCAUCUCCACCCCCUUUGUUCUGAGCUAAAGCCCAUCUCUUUUCCAUCAUAUCUCCAUUUUCUAGAUUGCUUUGACCCUCCCCCCCUACCACUAGUUUAAAAUCUCCUCCAACCUUCUAGCCAUCCUAUCCCCCAGCACAGCAGACCCUCUUCCGUUUAGGUGCAAUUCAUCAUGACUAUACAGGUUGUACCCAAGCGCAAAAUCGGCCCAGUGCUCUAAAAACCCAAAACCCUCUUUCCUGCACCAAGACUUUAGCCACGCAUUGACCUCUCUAAUCUCCUGCUGCCUUUCUGCUGUAGCGCGCGGCACAGGUAAUAUUUCUGAAAAAAUUACCUUGCAGGUCCUUUUCUUAAGCUUACUUCCUAGUUCCCUGAACUCAUUCUUUAGGACCUUCCAUUUUCCUCUGACUUUGUCAUUGGUACCAAUAUGGACCAUGACAGCUGGGUCAUCUCCAGCCCCUCCCAAUAAUCCCUCCACUCUGUCGGCAACAUGCCGGACCCGAGCACCCGGGAGACAGCAAACUGUCCGAUAAUUAUUACAAUAGCAUACCCCUCCAAAAAAUGCUACAUUGUUUUGAGACUGUGGUCUGUGGCACUAUCCGCAAGACACGCACUGGCUUCCCCAAGGCUCUGGCAGAGAAAAAAAUUAAAAAGGGGGAAAUGGCUGCUCUAUGCCAGGACGAACUGCUGGCUCUGAAAUACAGAGACAUAAAGGAGGUGUUCAUACUGACUACCAUGCACAGUGAACACACACGCAGGGUCGCAUUUCGUGGCAGACAGGAAACAAGACGGCUGCCUGUCUGCAUUAAGCAAUACAAUAAACACAUGGGGGGAGUUGACCUGUCUGAUCAACUGCUGCAGCCAUAUCUGAUAAUGAGAAAGACCAGGGCCUGGUAUAAGAAAGUGGGCAUUUAUUUAAUGCAAAUGGCUACUCACAAUGCAUUCAUCCUUUUCAAAAAGGCAAAUCCUCAGCUGAAAUGUACUUUUCUUACAUUUCAGUUUCAGCUCAUUUCUGUGCUGCUCACUGAGUGCCACAGUGGGGAGCCAUCAGCAAGGCCUAGCAGCAGAGAUAUUCAGACAGGUCACUUCUGCUUUCGGAUACCACCAACCCCCAAAAAAAGACCCCCCAGAAAAGGUGCAGGCUGUGUUACCAGAGAGGCAUUCGAACGGAGACCAGUUUCUACUGCCCUGAUUGUCCCUCUCAGCCUGGCCUUUGUAUUGGGAACUGUUUUAAAUUAUUUCAUACUCAGAGCCAAUAAAUUCUCAAUACAAUUAAUAUUCUUGUUGUAGUUCUUCUGUUAUUUAACCACUGACUAUAUAUAUAUAUAUAUAUAUAUAUAUAUAUAUAUAUAUAUAUUUUUUUUUUUUACCUUUUAUUUAGUUAAUUGGGGUGGAUGAUAGUUCCUGGGAAAUUGGGGAGUUUAGUGCGUAUGCUAGGGGUAGAAAUACAAAUUAAAAAAAACAACAAAAAAAUAAAAUAACAUUGUUUUGUUAAAGUUCUUGUGUAAAAAGUUUAAAAUGCUUAGGAAGUACAGUUAGAGAAUUCUGACAGCGGAUUCAGAGGUGACAGACAGUGCCUCAGAGUUUGACCCAAAAUGGGACAUGGACCCAGCAUGCAAAUUCAAAGUUUGAAACAAACCUGAAAUGGCCGAGUCUCAAAUUUGCCCCUUCAACAUCCACAUAUACCUGAGAAAGGUACACACAGGGGUAUUGCUGUACUCAGACGACAUAGCUGAGUGACAUAUGAAGCGUUAUACUGCCGUAGCACACCUAAGGAUUGUAAACUAUGCAGUAAAAUCUCAAAGUAUGUGUCAAAAAGGCAGAGAAAAUGCUUACUACUACUAGACUUGGUACUCACUAGCGAAAAAAUGAUCCCACCCUAAGGUUCAAAAUGGGCCUUUUGAAAUACCCUGGGGUGUCUACUUUAAAAAAUGGUAGGCCUUUGUGGGGAAAGUUUGAAUAAGCAACCUGCUAUUAGAACCCAAAAUGAGUCAUAAACCUAUAAAAUUCUGUAAUAACUGAAAUGGUCAGGUCUCCUAUAUGGCAGUGUAGCGUCAGGAAAUACGACUAAAGGCAUACAUUGGGGGUAUCGUUUUACUCACAGGAGAUAGCUCAGCAUAAUUUAGGUUGUUUGAUCAUAUUGGAACAUAUCAAAUAUACAAAAUGCCCAGCACAAAUGUAACGCAUAAGUUAAAAAUGCGAAAAAUAUUUUUUUACCACAAACUUUGACAUAUCAUGGUGAAAAAAUGGCCCAAAUUGAAACAUAAGCCCUGCAAAUCCGUCUCUCAAAAUUCUACUCUAAAAACUGAAAUGGUCAGGUCUCCUUUAUGGCACUGUAGCGUCACCAAAUAGUGUCAAAGACAUACAUUGGGGGUAUUGUUUUACUCAGAAGACUUAGCUGAGCAUAAUUAGGGGUGUUUGAUCAUAGUGGAACAUAUCAAAUAUACAAAAUGCCCAGCACAAAUGUAAUGCUUAAGGAAAAAAUGUGAAAAUAUUUUUUUACCACAAACUUUGACAUAUAAUGGCGAAAAAAUGGUGACAUGUUAAGGCACAAUAUAUGCCAUAUGAGACACCCUGGAGUGUCUACUUUCACAAAUGGUAGGCCUUUUUGCGGUUUUUGAAACUGUCAAACUGCUAUAAUGGCCCAAACUGAAACAUAAGCCCUGCAAAUCCGUCUCUCAAAAUUCUACUCUAAAAACUGAAAUGGUCAUGUCUCCUUUAUGGCACUGUAGCGUCACCAAAUAGUGUCAAAGACAUACAUUGGGGGUAUUGUUUUACUCAGAAGACUUAGCUGAGCAUAAUUAGAGGUGUUUGAUCAUAGUGGAAUAUAUCAAAUAUACAAAAUGCCCAGCACAAAUGUAAUGCUUAAGGAAAAAAUUAAAUGGGGGUAUUGUUGUACUCAGCAGAUGUUGCUGAACACAAAAUUGGAUUUUGACCAGGAAUAGCACACAGCAGCUUUACAAAAUACACAUUUAAAAAACCUUGUUACAUGUGUGUAUUUCAAAAAACAGAAAAAACACAAUUUUACUACAAUAUGUAGCAGAGAUUGGUGGGAAAAAGGCUAUGUAAAAAGUGUCAAAAUACCCUUAAAUAAAUAGCCUGUGAUGUCUUCUUUAUUUAAAUAUAUACUUUUGUGUAGCAAUUUUGUUUUCUGUGACAGCUGUCAAACUUACAAGUCAAACAUACCAACUUCUAAAUUUUUUUUCACAUUUAAAUUUUAUAUUACUCCUUGUAUUUUGUGACCUGUAACUUUUAAAAUAAGCUGAAAUCCUUUACAUAUUAUGCACUUUGAAAAACAAGAAACCUAAAUGAAUUUAUUUUGAAUUACUUUUCCUAAGCUGUGCGGGAUUAAAGCACCCUGGACCAUAAACCGGUCUAGCCUGGAAUACAUAUUUUUAGAGACAGAAUAAUACGUAAAAUCUAUUUCAUUCUCAUGCAUCAGUCUCCAGGAGUCGUAAAAGCCACAUUCAAUCAGGUAUCUGGAGCAUUUAUACUCUAAUCUGUCACUGUCCCCUCUAUGCUGCUGAUCACGUUCUUCCCUAGCAUUAUCUAAAUCUCCAUCCAUGACAAAAUUCGUGUCUCCACACAUUACCAAGCUGCCUCUCACAUUCUCAUUCACUAAGUCCAUCAAUUUACUAAAAAACUGCAACUGACCGGUGUUUGGAAAAUACAUGUUCACAAUAGUAUAUUCAAUAAUAUUGAGUGAUCCUAUCCAUAUUAAAUACCUCCCGUCAUCAUCUGUUAUUACUUUGUUUGUCAAACAUGCUACAUUCCUGUGAAAGAAAAUCGAUGUACCUCUAGACUUGGAUUUAUAAGUGCAAUGGUAUUGGACUGGGAAAAGCUUUGACAUAAUCUUAUGGUCUUUAUCAUCUUUAAAAUGCGUUUCCUGGAUACAGAUUACAUCUGAUUUGUUAGAUUUUGCUUCUUUGAAUAAUAAUCGUCUCUUGUGGACGGUGUUCAGGCCUCUCACAUUAAAUAGGUAUAUAUGGAAUCUCUCACACACUCGUGAAUUUAUAACAAUGAUUCUAAAAUCCACAUACAGUGAUAUAGAAAUUUAAAGUGAUUAUGGUGGAAUAAACAAAUGAAGAGUAACUUCCCUUAGCAAUAUAGGAUAUGCCCGAAGAUUUCCUCCUAUCUUCAAUUCAACAAGUAUAUGGUAUAGGGCUAUUCCAAGCUAUGUAGCCAUGUAUUUCUUAUUCCCAUAGCUUGGAAUAGCCCUAUACCAUAUACUCUCACAUUAAAUGACAUAUAUUUUAAAACCAUGGUUUAUGGAACAGUAAUACCUGGUAAAGGGUAAAAGAACAUUCAAUUCUGUGAGAGUCCAAGCAACCGCCCACCAAGAGAGAAACAUGCAGGUCCAACAAUACUGUCAAAACAAACUCAAACUGUGUACAGGAAUAGUGAAUAAACAGAUUUUUGCAAGUUGCUGAUGCCACGUAGUAUGCAUUUUUGUAUGAAGCAUUUCAGUGGUUCGUGGUCUGGAAACGUUUCUACUAAACUUUAAAGAAUGGAUGGACAAAAAAUAUAGAAAAAUAAAAUUAAAAAAGGGGAACAAAAAACUUGGGUAUAUACCCCUAUCAGGGGUGAAACAAAAACAGUUAAAGAGGGCCAUGAGGGAGAACAAAAAAAGGUUUUCCAUCUCAGGGUGUUAGGCCCAGGUUGGAGGGAGAGAAGGCUUCUGGGUACAAGGGGAACCAAUAUAAAUAGUAAAAACAAAACAAAGAGCAACUUUUUAAGUAUGACAUUUGAAAGGACAAAAGGCACAAAACAAUAAAAAAUUAUAAUAAAAUUAAAUAAAUAUGAAAUUAUAUAAAAAAACAAUUUUGAUUGUAUAAAUUUAGAAAGUUUUAAGUAAUCGAAUCGAUUUCUAAAAUAAACCGUAGAGGCACAUAUCAAAUAACCGUUGGUGUGCAAACUCAAAAGUCUGUCAUACAAAGGAGAAACAAGUCAAGAUUCAAAGUAAUCCCGAUAAAUCUCCGGACUGGAGUAGGACUCGAUAGUCUGUUUCAGAGAUAACGUUUUCUCAGAACCAUAAAAAUCAAUAAAGAGAAAAAAAUCAUUAAAAUAAAAGUCUAAAAAUAAAAUAAAUAAAAUUCCUUUGUGAAGAUAGGGAAAACAUCGCAACUUACGACCGUGGAAAACGAAGACUGUAGCUCUUUGAGCUGGGAUCUCAGGAAACGUCAGAUUUGCUUCAUUGCUGGCCUGCAUAGGAGUAGAUGGCGAGAGUCUAUUAGGCGAAACCUGACGUCUAUUCAUGGAAUUGAUGAGUUCCAUUCCUUCCUCAGGCUACGUGAUUAUGAAAUUCCGACCAUAUAUACGGAAAAGGACUUUAACCGGGAAUCCCCAUCUAUAUCUUAUCCCUCUUCGUCUUAGCUCCGCAGUGAAAAGUUGAAAUUCCCUGCGUCGCCUCAUUGUUUGAGCAGAGAAGUCUUGGAAGACCUUCAUGCCGCUGUAAUCUCCCGUGAGGCCUGUCACGCGUACUGCACUAAGAAAUUCCUCUUUAAUGUGGUAGUAGUGGAAUCUCACUAUCACAUAUUUUGGUGCAGCCGCAGGUGCAUUGUUGGAUUUGGGAAGUCUAUGGAUGCGGUCCAGUAGUAAAUCCGUGUUUUUAGCGAUUGGUAGAGCUGACUUCACCAUUGUCUGGAAAUAGCUUUGUAAUUCCAGAGAAUCGAUACUAUCAGGGAUCCCCCUGAUUCUUAGGUUAUUACACCUACUUCUAUCCUCAGCGUCCGCUAACUUUUCCGCUUGUUGGUGCACUUGCUUUUGGAGCUCUUUUACGGUUUCAACCAGAUAAAGGUGAGAUUGCUCUUGAGAGUGCAAUCUAUUCUCUAUUAUUUCCGUUCGCUGAUUAAUGCCCUCCAUGGCUAUACAAUGCGUCAAAGUCUUUUUUAAAGUCGUUUUUCAAAUCAACUGUCAAAUCUUUGAUGAGUUGAAUUAUCAUGCCAGCUGACGGUGGCAGAUCUUCUGCCAAUUCAGGUAGCAUAUUGGGAUUGUAAGUCGCUGCUUUAAAUGUGGUAGUAGCCAUAUUGGAUGUGGCAGUGGCCAUCUUGGGAGUGGAAUAUACAAUAUCUGGGCUGGCAGCCAUCUUUGUUGUGGCAUCAUGACAUAUUCUCUGUGGUAGUGCAGAGAAAGUACUUAUUACAGUCUCACUAAAAUGACCAGUCUUUUUUAAUCCCUGGGUAUACCAGUCUCCCCAAAAAAGACAGAAGGUCCUGACAGGGUAAUACAUUUUUUGGGUAUUCAACUAAACUCGGUUAACAUGCAGUCCUGUCUCCCUGAUGAUAAGAUUGAGCACACCCUAUCAAGCAUUGAGCUAUACUUAUAGCUAGGUUCUUGUAACAUCAAAGAACUACAAUUUCUGCUUGACUCGCUCAAUUUUGCCAUGAGGAUCAUCCCACAAGGUAUAUCCUUCAUGUCCCAUCUUCCUUCAGACGACUACACGCAUCACGUUAGACUUACACACUAUACAUACCAGAACCAGUUAAAGAGAUACGGCAGGCAUUUCGUGAUUUGUCUUAGUAUUUUGAUGUAAGUAAUUUUUGUAUGGUACACUUCUUUUUGGCCUCUUUUACAGGCCUACUGCAUUUUUGGUUCCGGCACACCACAACCGACUGGUGUUUUUAACUAUGUUAUUUUAUAGGAAUUAUAUGUUAUCUUAACUAUAUUGCCCUGACCACAAAUUUAAGGCUGGGCCUGUAGUUGUGGGAGGGGCUUGGGUCCCCUUUAUAAGGGCCUCCUAUCCUCUCUCACUUACCAUUAUUGGUCUGGUGAGUUGCCCCUCCCACCACUCCCUCUUUUUACAUCAUCAUCUAAGGUGGGCACUCUUUAUUCCAGGCCUACUGCAUUGUCCGUUCCGACACAUCACCACCGACUGGUGUUAUUAACUAUGUUAUUUUAUAUGAAUUAUAUGUUAUCUUAACUAUUACAGCAAUAUUGUCCUGACCACAGGGGCUUGGUUUCCCUUCUUAAGGAUUCCAUACCUCUCCCCAUUGUUGUUUUUAGUCUGGCGAUUUGCAUACCGUGAUUUCCAGUGAAGCAAACCGCCAUUUAGUUACCCUCCUCGUGGAAACUACCCGAUUCCACACCGUUUUCCUGAUCCUGAUUUCGCAUCUCUUUAGUGGUUCUAGGUCUCUCCGGCAAGUGUACCUUCCUCCAGGUCCUUGUAUACUUCCUGGGAAACCGUCAAAACAGUAAGUUGUAGAGCCGACUCACUGUGGAGCAGACUAUUGUAUAUCGUAGAGCCGACAAUCACAUCUCAGUCACUGGCGCACAGCCUCAUCACAGAUGGGCUCUAUGGUUUUAAUAUUUGCCUUAUUCAAAUGCAUCCUUUUGUUUAUUCCUUUUGUUUUAAUUCAUACGAAUCCUAGUUGGUUGCCGAACUUUCGGCUACCUUCCAAAAAUGUUUUAUUCUGCAUGUCUACUAGGACAAGAUUCACGACUAGUUUGCUUUUGGGAGCAUGCACACGUGCGCAUCCUGUUCGGUUCCAGUACUCACAAAUAAUUAGCUUAAGGUGUUUAUACACUUAGAGUUUUCACAAAAUGUUUAGUUGUGUGAGGGGCAAAUAUGGCCGUAUAAGAAGCGUAUGAAGAGUAGCAUAGUAUAGGGAGAGAUAAGUCAGUUGAGGUGUGCCGGAACCGACGUCGCGGUAGGCCUGUAAUAAAAGAGGACCCACCCAUGAGGUGUAAUGAAAAGUAUAGAUAGAGGGAGUGGAGGGUGGGGAAAUGCAAAUCGCUAAAAGCACGAACGGGAUGGAGGAAGGUGAGUAGGGGGUUUAAAUAGGGUAACAUGCCCUCCCACAACUGCAGACCAAGCCUUUACGUUUGUCUGAGGGGCAAAUAUGGCUGUAUAGGAAGCGUAUGAAGAGUGGCAUAGUAUAGGGAGAGAUAAGUCGGUUGAGGUGUGCCAGAACCGACGUCGCGGUAGGCCUAUAAUAAAAGAGGGCAAAAAUAGAUACAUGUCAGAACGUAGAACAAUCAACAACUGAUAAGAAAGAACUUGCAUAUCCAUAUGCCUGUCGAAAAACUUGUAGGGUACGUGGUACGUAUGGGGAAUAUGCUGAGAGCUUCCAUUGACCUAGAAAAAGAAAAAAUACGGACCAAUAUGUAACUAGUUUGAAGCCGUGGAUGACACCCUAUUCAAGAGGGGUGACCCAAAUAGUUGGAUGGCUUGAACCUAGCCUCAAGAUCAAUGAACUAAAGAAUAGCAUGUAUUUCAAUGUUCAGAGGACUGGUCCAUGUAUUGAUAUCUGUGGUUGUGAGGCUUAUUAGAAAGAGAGAGUAAAUAGGUGCUUGGAACUUUAACUGACAUUCUUAAUUGUGCGAGGGGAAGUAAGGUAUAUUAAACGUGUUGACCAUCUUGGGUAGACUAAGUGUGAGGUAGAGAAAGUAAACAAUAGUCUCCAUGAGUAGGUGAGACUUCCUGAGACAAUGCUGCAAGACGUGGUAGUUAUGGUAAAUACCUAAGGAACCGUAAAACCGGGUAUAUAGCGGCUUUAACUACUAGGUUGGUGCCUGGUUCGUAAGGUCUGAUAGUGAUUGAAAUAAUUGGAUGCUGAUGGGAAAUCUGUAAGAUUUGAAAUUUUUCUGGGAACCUGAAUGCCUUGAGUAUGGUAAUAAUCUGUUAUGAGGACAUGAAGCUGCGUAUGAUUUGGUAAACCUGUACAACAUAUGAAGUUGUAAACUGGAUAGGUAGAGUUAAUGGUAUUAUGGGAUAAUGCAAGUUAGAAUUGGCAAAAGAAGCGAAAACCAAUCACAGACAACAUAGCAAAAUAGACAGUAACAUUAUACACGAAAAGGAGCCUCAAAGGAGAAGAAGGCCCUAACACAUGUACCGCGAGUGUUAGUAAAAAGCGCCAGAUGUGAAAGAUGACGACCACGAACUAACAAGGCUGGUAGUCCGCGGGCAGAACCCCCCCAAAAAAACGCAGGGCACGGCAGCGGCUACGGGAGAGUCCAUAGGCAACGCAAUGUGGAAUGCCCGGAGGAGCCACAGGAGAGAUCGUAUGAAAAAAAGGUGCAGGAAGUCCGGCUGGAACCCAGCCAGAGCGGCAGACACCAAUUACCCAAACUGUUAACUGAACCGCCCUAUAGACGACAGUAGUGAAAAAAACAAGGGGUGAACAACGGAGAAGUAAGAAUGAACUCGGGGGUCCCUACAGCAACAGCGUUAUCUGUGGAGGCAGACAAUGAUACAGAUAUUUCAGCUGUCUGAUAGGCUGCCGGGGAGAAAAAAAGUAGACUUGCGAGAACCACAGUGAAGGGAGGAAGAGACCAGGAUACGAAAAGGAGGUGGGGGUAGCCAAAUCUCCACAGCGUGAUGAGUACCAGACCUAGCCGGAGAGCCGGGUGGAAAAUUACUACGCCACCGCCUGGUAGCGGUGUCAUGCUAGAAAAGAAACAAAUAAAUAGUGCAUAAGCGAUCCAAUGUGUGUGUGCUGGCAUCCUAGCUAAUGCCAAAAAGGCAAAACAAUUAAAAACUAGGAUAGGUGACAGAUGAGGCCCUGCUAUCUAGCAGGGCCUCAUCUGUCACCUAUCCUAGUUUUUAAUUGUUUUGCCUUUUUGGCAUUAGCUAGGAUGCCAGCACACACACAUUGGAUCGCUGUGCAGCGUGAGAGGCUCUAUCUAUGCCUUGGCGCAAGGGGAUAACGUGGCCACUGAAUGUUGUGGCGGGGUGUUGGCCUCUCGGUGACAGUUAAACAUAAGAUAGAAUGGGAGUGACAAGUGAGGCCCUCUCUAUGCCACAAUGCGAGGCGGCUAACUAUGAUUUGGUCCGAGAGGCGUAGUACCUCCGAGUAUGAGGAUGGGUGUUGGCCUCGCGGGACCACUAACCUAAGGCGAAGAAGCCAGGGCAAGUACAACUAGUGGACACCUAGGACCUUGACAGACAGCCACAGCUAACUAAGAGGGGAGGGAAGGUAGUGUGAGAGAGGACCAAUUUGAUGAACGUGUAUCGAAAAAACCUUGAGGGUGAAACGAGGAAGUACCGUAAGGCCAACCGUAACUGGAGUGCAGAGUAAGCACGUCAGAGUCCAGGUGGUCAGGCCAUACAGAGCAUGCCCGGAAAUAGGAAAUAGGAGUCGUGUUUGUGCAAAGCCCACGGGGCUCACAAGAACCAAUGUGUGUGUGUGUGCUGGCAUACUAGCUAAAGCCAAAUGCGAAACAAUUAAGACUAGGUUUGGUGACAGGUGAGGCCCUGCUAGAUGCCAAGCGGCAUGAGAGGCUCUAUCUAUGUGUUGGUGCGAGGGGAUAAUGUGGCCUCUGAACAUUGUGGAGGGGUGUCAGCCUCUCGGUGACAGUUAAACACAAGAUAGAAUGGGAGUGACAGGUGAGGUCCUCCCUAUGCCACAAUGUGAGGCGACUAACUACAGGGAGUGCAGAAUUAUUAGGCAAGUUGUAUUUUUGAGGAUUAAUUUUAUUAUUGAACAACAACCAUGUUCUCAAUGAACCCAAAAAACUCAUUAAUAUCAAAGCUGAAUAUUUUUGGAAGUAGUUUUUAGUUUGUUUUUAGUUUUAGCUAUGUUAGGGGCAGGGCUGGACUGGGAAAAAAAUUAGGCCCGGGCAUUUUUCAAUCAGAGCGGCCCCCUAAGAAGGGGGCGGGGCCAGAGAGUGUGUGUUUUGUCAUCACUAAUGACAACAUGCCCCCUCUCAAAGUGAGCAUGUUGGUUCAAUGCCCAGAGCCCUGCUGAAGAGCUCUGGCAUUAGAAAAAGGCCCUGAAUUUGUUCUGCGCAGUGCAAGCAAAUUUAAUAACAUACUUGCGCUGUGUUUGCUUUUAAAUUGUCUCUGGUGUCUGCACAAGUGGGAUGCCAGAGGACAAAAGGGCCAGGAAAGUGCAUGGUGCAUAUGUUUGGAGCCUGCUUGUGGGAUUGUGUGUGUGUAGAGUGUGGUGUGGUAUUGUGUAAAUAGGUCAAUUUAAUUUGUGUUUGUGGUGUAAUAUGUGUGGCUAGGGGCUGUAGAGAAUGUGUGUAUAGGGGGCAUAGUUUUAUAGGGGAUGCAGCGAGUAUGUGCAUACGGGCUGAAGUGUGUGUGUAUAGGUGACGUAGUGUGUGUAGGGGUUGCAGAGAGGGUGUGUUUAGAGAAUGUUGUAUGUGUUUGCUGACAAGGAAUGUAGUGUGUGUGUGUGUAGGAGAUCUACUGUGUAAAUGACCAAGUGUGUGUGUGUGUGUGUGGAGAGGAUUAAGAGUGCAUAUAGGGUAAGGGAUCUAGUGUGUAUCUGGAGCGUAAUAGUGGUGCAGUGUGAGGGGUGCUCUAGUGUGUGUGUGUGUGUGUGUGUGUGUAUGUAUAUAUAUAUAUAUAUAUAUAUAUAUUUGGACUUAUUGUAUGUGUGAGGGGCGCAGUGUGUGUAUGUAAGAGGGGUGCUGUGUGUGAGGGUGUUUUUAUCUGCUGUCACAUUCUAGGUUUCUAAUUUUCUUUGUCUGUUAACUCACUGAGGGUUAUUAUAUAUAUAUAUAUAUAUAUAUAUAUAUAUAUAUGUGUGUGUGUGCUGUAUAUGUGUGGGAAUGUGCUGUGUGUGUGAGUGAGGGUGCUGUGUGUGUCUGGGGGGUGCUGUGUGUCUGGGUGCGCAGUGUGUGUCUGGGUGCAGUGUGUGUGUGUCUGGGGGUGCUGUGUGUGUCUGGGGGGUGCUGUGUGUCUGUGGGGGCUGUGUGUCUGGGGGUGCUGUGUGUGUCUGGGGGUGCUGUGUGUCUGGGGGUGCUGUGUGUGUCUGGGGUGCUGUGUGUGUGCUGUGUGUGUCUGCUGCUGUGUCUGGCUGUGUCUGGAGGUGCUGUAUGUGUCUGGGGGCUGUGUCUGGGGGUGCUGUGUGUGUCUGGGGUGCUGUGUCUGGGGGCUGUGUGUGAGUGAAUGUAUUUUUAUGUAAAUUUAAAUAUUUUUUUUUACUAAUAAAAAAAAAAAAAAAUUAUUUCCCCCCCUCCCUUCUUACCUUUAUCCUGGGAGGGGGGAAGGAGGAGAUCCGUUAUGCCUGGGGGUGGGGAGCCAUGUGGUGAUCCAGUGGUGAUCCUGCAGGUUAGAGUUCACUCUCGCGAGAUCUGAGCGUAGCCUGCCAUCCAUGGAUUCUGUCAGUGUUUUGAUCUGUUCACCAUCAACAUUGCGUGCAGCAGCAACCACAGCCUCCCAGACACUGUUCAGAGAGGUGUACUGUUUUCCCUCCCUGUAAAUCUCACAUUUGAUGAUGGACCACAGGUUCUCAAUGGGGUUCAGAUCAGGUGAACAAGGAGGCCAUGUCAUUAGAUUUUCUUCUUUUAUACCCUUUCUUGCCAGCCACGCUGUGGAGUACUUGGACGCGUGUGAUGGAGCAUUGUCCUGCAUGAAAAUCAUGUUUUUCUUGAAGGAUGCAGACUUCUUCCUGUACCACUGCUUGAAGAAGGUGUCUUCCAGGAACUGGCAGUAGGACUGGGAGUUGAGCUUGACUCCAUCCUCAACCCGAAAAGGCCCCACAAGCUCAUCUUUGAUGAUACCUGCCCAAACCAGUACUCCACCUCCACCUUGCUGGCGUCUGAGUCGGACUGGAGCUCUCUGCCCUUUACCAAUCCAGCCACGGGCCCAUCCAUCUGGCCCAUCAAGACUCACUCUCAUUUCAUCAGUCCAUAAAACCUUAGAAAAAUCAGUCUUGAGAUAUUUCUUGGCCCAGUCUUGACGUUUCAGCUUGUGUGUCUUGUUCAGUGGUUGUCGUCUUUCAGCCUUUCUUACCUUGGCCAUGUCUCUGAGUGCUUUUUGGGCACUCCAGUGAUGUUGCAGCUCUGAAAUAUGGCCACGAUGCACGCUUGACUUUUCUCAGUUCAUGGGCAGUUAUUUUGCGCCUUGGUUUUUCCACACGCUUCUUGCGACCCUGUUGACUAUUUUGAAUGAAACGCUUGAUUGUUCGAUGAUCACGCUUCAGAAGCUUUGCAAUUUUAAGAGUGCUGCAUCCCUCUGCAAGAUAUCUCACUAUUUUUGACUUUUCUGAGCCUGUCAAGUCCUUCUUUUGACCCAUUUUGCCAAAGGAAAGGAAGUUGCCUAAUAAUUAUGCACACCUGAUAUAGGGUGUUGAUGUCAUUAGACCACACCCUUCUCAUUACAGAGAUGCACAUCACCUAAUAUGCUUAAUUGGUAGUAGGCUUUCGAGCCUAUACAGCUUGGAGUAAGACAACAUGCAUAAAGAGGAUGAUGUGGUCAAAAUACUAAUUUGCCUAAUAAUUCUGCACUCCCUGUAUGAUUUGGCCCGAGGGGAAUAGUACCUCAGAGUAUGAGGAUGGGUGUUGGCCUCGUGGGACCACUAACCUAAGGUGAAGAAGCCAGGGGAAGUACAACUAGUGGACACCUAGGACCCUAACAGACAGCCAUAGCUAACUAAGAGGGGAGGGUAGCGAGUGAGAGAGAGGACGUACCUGAGUAACGUGGAACGAAACGUGGGUUGGGGCGGUUUACUAAGGUAUAUUCCCUGAAUCAGGAAUCCACGUUAGCUAUCUCGAACCCAAAAUGGCAAUGUAUUUGUUAAUUCUCCAGAGUUAACUAUUUAGCGAAUAACGCCCUAUUUAUUUGUGCGAGGCCGGAGUGAGGUAACAUUCGUGGUCACAUUGUGACUGCGGCCGCUUUCUACUACAACCGUGGUCUUUUAGGCACUAAUAGCUGUUACCCAGCAGUGUUCAAUAAAAUAAACAGGACGUGUGGUGUCAAAGCAAGAUGCUGGGAACCGAGAAAAACUCCUGUAUGUGUCUGUGAAAUCAGCAGAAAAAGGCGGCUGUAGCGGUGAAAAAAAAAAAUACAAAUAUUUAUCAUGGUUUUAUAGAAAAGUUGUACGUAUUUUUUUUGCUCUCAUUUAUUGCUGAGGUUGUAAGCAAAAAGGAAACUCAGUGUUCAGGUAUCCUGCCCGAAUUGUGUUUCCUUGCUAAGUGGGAAGAUUGAUUAUUCAGCACCCACUGCUCUUUUGGGAAAGGUGCCUUGGGAAGCCCCCAGUCAGGGCGGGGUGGGGGAAGAGUCUGUUAUGAAUAUGAGAAGUUGGGGUUCACAAAUGUAUGUGUAUAUGGCAUGCUUAACCUUUUUCCCGAAAUUGUCCAUCUUUUGAGGAAUUUAGCUCCAGAUAAUAUGUCAGUCAUACCUAUUUCCUGCUGCUUCCCUAGAACAAAUUCAAUGUUAACCUUCUGCAGUAAGAAUGCAGAAAACAAAAAUCUAUCAUUGUGCAAAUCCCGUUCACCUGUGAGGACAUAGCACUCUGUAAAAAACCAAAUGCAGAAAAAACUGCACGAAAAGCCCUAUCCGGCCAUAGGCCUUUCGUGCCGAAAAUCAAGUGAAAUCGCAGAAACAGCGGGUCAUUCGCAGGAAAACAGGCGAAUGUCAGACAGCCAUGAACCCCUGGAAACAACAGGCUACAGGAACAAGGGAAAGAAAGAACAGUGGUAAGUAGAAAACUCACGUAAACAGAAGAGUUGACAGGACAGACAGCCGACCGGAACAGAGCCCAGAAAGGACAGCGGGGGAACAAAAACAGCGGGGGAACCGCAGGCCAGGUAACGAGAACCACAAGGGACCGGCAAGGAGGAGUUGGCGACCGGAAAUAGCGACAUGUGAAUUGCUAAAAGUACGAACGGGAUGGAGGAAGCUGAGUAGGGGGUUUAAAUAGGGUAACAUGACCCUCCCACAACUGCAGGCCAUUUACGGAAUGUUCAGUUCAUAUUCUAAAAAAAAUUGCUCUCCAUAAGUGGGCCGUUCGUAUAUUUGCAACCGAACAACCUAUUAUGUCUUCAUAGGUAAAUUGGCAUGCUGAAUUCAUACAAACUGUAUAGAAGAAUGAUGUUUGGUUUAUUUCUAGCUUAUAUCAGACCUCUGGUGGUUGAUUCAUGGUGUUACAAUCAGUUGUUUUAAAUGGCCACUAUAGUGCCAGGAAAACAUACUCAUUUUCCUGGCACUAUAGUGCCCUGAGGGUGCCCCCACCCUCAGGGUCCCCCUCCAGCGCCGGGCGGGGAGCUCUCCUCCUCCUCUCCUCCUCUUUGGCUGAAUGCGCAUGCGCGGCAGGAGCUGCGUGUGCAUUCAGCCAGUCCAUAGGAAAGCAUUCACAAUGCUUUGCUAUGGACGCUGGCGUCUUCUCACUGUGAUUUUCACAGUGAGAAACGCGGAAGCCCUCUAGUGGCUGUCAAUAAGACAGCCACUAGAGGCUGGAUUAACCCAUUUAUAAACAUAGCAGUUUCUCUGAUGUUUAUAAAAAAAAAGGGUUAACCCUAGCUGGACCUGGCACCCAGACCACUUCAUUAAGCUGAAGUGGUCUGGGUGCUUAUAGUGGUCCUUUAAGGUUUCAUUUCAUGUUAAAUUCUCAAGCUGUUGUUUAUAAGAUUGGUUAAGUUCAUUGCAUGAUUAGGGCCAGGUCACGUUCUUAUCAUGUAGGUUUGUCACAAUACUGUUUAUGGUUGAUGUAGCUUAGAAUACACAAUUAUUGCUCUUCUUUUAGUCUGUAGUCUAGGUAGCAUAUUAUCUGGAACUCAUAGCAGAGGUCUCCUUCCACUUGGGCUAUUGCCUGCUUAUUUAAUCGCUCAAUAGCUAAAUUACUCUUCAUACGGCCCUAUAAGAUUUCUGUAUAAAGCCUACAUUCGGUUAGGUGGGAUCUAUACGUUAUAUGCUAGUAAGUGCUAUAUUAAUAGUCACUGGGUUAUGAACUGUUAUAUAUUGCAUUACAGGUUACACCCCUUAACUUGUAAUGCAAUAUAUGACAGUUCAUAAUCCAGUGACUACUAAUAUUAAUAAUGCUCAGCAUUACUUUACUUAUUUUACUGUGGGUUUUGAUCCAAAUCAUAGGUCUACGAUUUGGCCCUCACGAUCAUUCCCAAACCUAAUACCUCAAUUUAUGGGUCAAUAGGUACUAGGUCUCUACUAGUUCAAUUACCUUUUACAGUUUAGUGCUGUUUUCAUCAUAGGCAAGUCAUAGACCGCUAUGAUUGUUGUUUUAUGCUAACAGCAGUUACGCAUUAUGUGUCUACAACAAACACUAUUACUAUCUUCGUUAUCACCCGUGUUUGCUACCUAUGAGUCACUUCAUGCCUAUCUAACCCUACAGGUAGGUCAAUUCGAUAUUACGACUGGUUCUGUUUAGAUAGCUGGAUACUGGCUUAUGGGGUUCAGGAGUCUACAAGUUAAUUUCUUCUUAGGCCUUCAUGCCUUAACAUAGUGGUCCCGCGAGGCCAACACCCAUCCUCAUACUCGGAGGUAAUUUCGCCCAUCGGUCCAACUCAUAGUUAGUCGCCUUGCAUGGAAGCAUAGAGAGGGCCUCGCCUGUCACUCCCAUUCUAUCUUACUAACUGUUACGGUUGCCUCCAGGCUGGCUGGAAGUUGGACCGUAGAAAGGAUGCUCCUAGUGCUCACCAAACGACCAUCAGCACCGUAGACACUAUAAGCAUUGCAGACUCCACGAAUAUAUCCAAACAGCACUCAGAUCCCACAAACACAGUCAAAUUGCCAUACACACUAGGUCCAUAGUCAUGGAGCAGAAGGCUGGCAAUUAGGCUUCUCCAUAACACAGGGAAGCAGGGCAAUUUGUCAAAUAAAAUAACAGUUACAAAUGGCAGUUUGUAACAUAUCUCCCCUUUUGGAGGGAGACUAACCAGGCACCUGACCUUCUAUCGGUCAGUGCCUAAGUUAGUCUUGCAACCCACCCACAAAUAAACAUUGGCAGAGUAGCCCCUCCACAAUAAAUAGUACUGGCCUGUAGGUCCCAGGUUGUAGGGUGAAAAUGCAGCAACCUCUGCCUUCCUGGUGCAGCUGGGCAAAUAGCUGGGGGUACUUGGAGGGCAGAGGCCAGCGGUGCCAGUGCCUCUGCUGGAAUGAAGGGGGGUGCAGGCCAGUCCUGUAACAAGGGGGUCGGUAGGGCAGAGGCCAGCGGUGCUCUGCCCUGAUGCCAGCUCUUCCGCUGGGAUAGCCUGCAGGACUUCAGGCUCUGGACAAGGGACAAAGGGAGGGCAGAGGCCAACUGCACUCUGCCCAGCUGCCAGCUCUUCUGCUGAGGUGACUGGGGCAUAGUCCUGCCGGUAGCAGGGGAAACUUGGAGGUCAGUGGGGUUUAACAGCUCCUCUGUUAAUCCUGGGGCCAAGUUAGGAGUUAGCUGGGGAGGGGAGAACUGGCUUACCUUCUCCUCCUGAUACUCCUGGUGUCGCUGGGGAGGGAGGUCGAUGCUCUCUGCUCCCUGUUGAACAUGCUGCUGCUGGGGAGAGAGACCGCUUGUCUCCUCUCUUUGUGGAAUGCACUGCUGCUGGGCAGAGAGGUCGCUGCUCUCCUCUCCAUCUAACUCAGGCUGCCACUGGGGAGGGAGGUCGAUGCUCUCCGCUCCCUGAAACUCACAUUGAGGUUGGGGAUCUGGGCCAAUUGCCCAGCAUCCCUGUAGGGCUGGUAGAGAGACCUCGGUCCCAUCUCUACCUGCUGGCUGGGGUUCCUCCCAGUAUACCUUAACAAUAUCCUUCCAGCUGAAGGGCUCUCGACCUGGCUCUGCUGUUGUGCUCUCCUGGGGGACAUCUGGAUGCUGUUGAGAAAGGGGACCAGUUGUCUCUUCCCGGGACCCAUUGAUGAGGUGCUGGUACUUCCACUCCAGGUCACAUUCCUGGGUGACUAGUUACCGCACGUCUGCCUCCAGGUCAGUAGCUCUAGGGAGACCCAGCAUAUCUUCCCAGUCAUCAUACAGGUCCCAGAAGUGUGAGUCUGUAGCCCUUCCAAAGUCAUCAUUGUCUGUAUUCUCCCAGAAUAGACCAGGGCCAUUGUAAUCCCCACUCUCAGGGAAUUCAUACUCAGCCAUUUCUGGAACAAGCUGAGUCGCGUACCACUGUAGCGCCUGGUAUGCGUUUUCGAGCCACAGUUCGCUAUAUACUAGAGCCUCUAAUUUAGCCACCCACGCUGGAAGGGGUUGUUUUCCCAGGAGGGGCAUCCGCUCUGCCAUUCGAGCCUGGAUUCGCUGCCUUCUGCUGAGACUACAAUCACCUCGCCAACACUGGACUUUCUCUAGGUCUUCUUCCCACAGCUCGGCUCUGGCCUCAUUUCUGUACCCCACCUCCUCUUCUGAGACUGCCCACUCCGUCUGGGCUAGGAAGCCAUGCAAUCUGUUGGGGAACCUCUCCUCCAUUUCGGCUGCUGUGCAAGGACUUGCUGGCUCCAUGCUGCUGUAGGUAGGGAUGCUGCGCAGAGGCUAGCGUUGCCCUCAAUACUCUCUCAUACGAUACCAGUGUCGUCUGGGUGCUGCUCCUUGCACUAGGACGCCAUCCCACCGCUUGCCACCAAAUGUUACAGUUGCCUCCAGGCUGGCUGGAAGUUGGACCGUAGAAAGGAUGCUCCUAGCGCUCACCAAAGGACCAUCAGCACCGUAGACACUAUAAGCACUGCAGACUCUACGAACCGCCACUGCUGGAUUAGGAUCUCGCUGUCUGCUAUCCACCCUGGACCUAUGACCAGCCGCCAGGUUCCAGUAGGUGAACCUCUUCCUUCUGUAGAGCGAAGCAGGAUCAGGAACAAGAGCUCAGUGGCUAAGGGAGCAUGAAGAGCAUAGCAAUCCCUGUAGUGAUUAUAGCUGUCCCCUACAAACAUGAGUCAAGGCUGCAAGUUAGAGGGUAAAGUCAUUCUGUUUAAUUGGCACCAAAGAGCCUUCUUUUAUGCAGGUUUUUCUUACAUAGGACCACCCACAGGGUUUUAUAGAACAGCCAAUAACACACGUACAUUACAGAAAACACUCCCAGCAAUUACAUACAAAAUCCUCCCCUCUGCCUGUGAUAUAAUUAUGGUACACAAUGGUUAACAUAAUUAUCACAGGCAGGAAAAAUACAGUUUUUACACACAUGCUGUGACUUUAAAAAUAUACAUCCAAUCUUCAUAAAACAUAUUCGAACUCAGCACACUUAAAAUACAAACAUAUCCAAAAAUCUGACAAUUCCCUCCAGUGGUUUAAAAGUUAGGUUGAAAUCCUUUGUGACCAACUGAAGCAUGACUUUCCAGCCGAAACCAGUUCCACACAGUCCUCUAUCCUGGAGAUAAUUGGCUUAACUGGGUGUGGUAAGCCAACUAUCUCCAGGUACAGAAAAUUCACACAAAUUCACAACAACAGCAAAAAUACACAAAAAUACAUAACUCCUAUCAUACUGAACAGAACCCCCACAUUCAACCUAUCCCCAGAUGGCUUGGAUCUGAGCGCUCAAUAUAUCCAAACAGCACUCAGAUCCCACAAACACAGUCAAAUCGCCAUACACACUAGGUCCAUAGUCAUGGGGCAGAAGGCUGGCAAUUAAGCGCCUCCACACGGAAGCAGGGCAAUUUGUCAAAUAAAAUAACAGUUACAAAUGGCAGUUUGUAACAGUAACCGCGAACGUCACCUAUUGGCAACCACGCGGCGGUACGGUCCGCCUUAGCCACUUCCCCCUGUCUGGCGCACAGGUGCUUGUCUCCGUGUGGGGAGAGGCAUCCAGCCGGCAGGAGUGCCCAAAGUGGCUGAGAAUGGUGCUGCGUCAUCCUGCCACAUCAUUCGAUGGCCACGAAAUCCCCUCAGGCCAACGCAUAGAUAGAGCCGCUUGGAAGCUAGCAGGGCCUCACCUUUCACCAAACUUAGGUAAUUUUUUUCGCCACUUGACAUUAGUUAGUAGAGUAGAGACGUACUACUCUUUAAUGUCUAGGAUGUCGUAACUAACAGAAGGUGGGAACGAAUUGUCUAUCCCUAGCACUCUAACUAGGUCAAAAUACUCCAUCACGUGGAAGAAGCAACACUAGCCCAACCUCACUCAGAUCUUGGACUAUUCCAAGAAUCAUGGCAAACAAAAUACAUACAGUAUAUCACAUGGGGAAAUGUUUUCUACUCCUAAUUGGACAGUCCAAUAUCAACACACUUUAAAUAUAUUGUUUUCUUUGAAAACAUUUCAGGAAUCCAAAUGUGCUGCCCCAUGGCAGGUCCUACGUAGAUUGCUAUACCGAAUUGCAGAUAUACCAAGCUGGAAUUAAACUGUUGUAGAUAUAGGCUUGAACAAUGUUGCUGUUGUGAUAUUAAUCUGUUAGUAAUAUAUAAACAAUAAGAGAAAUAUUACUUGUCUCAGAUCUACGUUUUAACGACUAAAUAUUCUUUUCAGGGCAUGUAAUGAUGUUUACAUUUAAAUAGCUUAUUUCUACAUCCAUUUAUUAUAAUUCCACCUAGCUAUCCUUCAGUAUAUCUCUCUCUCGUUGGUUGAACUUAUCACUUAGUUCAAGGGAAGGGCAGUUGCUAGUCUUUGAUCAAACGCUGGUAAAAGACAACACACGCAAUUCAUUGUGGUUCCAAUUGUGGUUCCAACAUAAAUAUGUGGUUCCAAUUGUGGUUCCAACAUAAAUAUAAGUCGAGUUUUUCUGCACUUUUUUUGUUCUGAAAAAGCCCCACUUGACUUAUACUCAACUCACUGUCUGUAUUAUGGCAACUUACAUUGCCAUAAUACAGACCAGGACCGAUGGGCUCAUUACAAGCCCGGUGGUCCUGGGGGGCUCAGGGAAUAAAGCCAUUAGGAGCUCCUGUCAGCUCCCUUCUCCUCCGUUCCGGUCAGCUCCACUGUAAGUCUUGCGAGAGCCGCGGCGGCACUCAGACCGCGAGACUUAUGCUGGGAGCUGACCGGCACGGAGGAGAAGGGAGCUGGAGGAGCUGCUGUAAAGGUCGCUGCCAGCCCCCCUCCUGCACAGCCCAUCCACUGGACCACCAGGGAAUGAGAGCCCCUCUCCCUGGUCAGCUAACAAGCAUGGGGGGAUGUAAAAAAAUAAAUACAAAUUUAAACAAUAUUAAAAUACAAAUUUAAUAUUAUUAUAAUAUAAAAAUGUUAAUAUUAUAAUAAAAUAAAAAAAUUAUAUUAUAAUAAAAUAAAAUAAAAAUUUAAUCAUAUUUAAAAAAUUAAUAAUAAUAUUAAAAUAAUAAUAAAAAAAUAAAUAAUAAAAAUGCCCACCCCCACCAAGGUUACACACUCUGCAUCACAUACACACACACACACUGCGUUUUAUACACACACUGCAUUAUAUACACACAUACUGUAUUAUAUACACACACUGCAUUCAUUAUAUACACACACUACACAAACACUCUGCAUUCAUUAUACACACACACACUACACAAACACUCUGCAUUCAUUAUAUACACACACUGUGAAUAAAAAAUUAAUAUAAUUUUAUUGGGAUCUAAUUUUAUUGGUGAAGUAAAACACUCAUUAUUAUUGAGUAAAUACUCUACAAUGUUAUACUCUGUAAUGUACUGUGUACUGCUACUCUGCUAUACUAUACUCUGUUGCCUACAGUGAUACGCUAUACUAUAUUAUUCCAUAUUAUAAUAUUCUAUAUUACCACACUCAACAAUACACUGCAUACUGCAAUACUUUACACUCUACAACAUACUGUGAUACGUUUUACAAAUAUGCUCAUCAACAUACUGCAUGCAUCAAUACAAUAUUAAAUAAAAGACAAGGGAUGUGUGUACAACAAAGUGUUAAGGUAAAUAAACAGCAGCAGUUCUAUACACUUGUGCGGAAUACCCUCUCAUCCACACCCAAAAUCCAAAAUCAAUAAAGUGGUAUAAGUAAAACCUACACCAAUAAGUGGAGCGCUAAAAUAUAUGUGCAAAAUGGGGUAAACUUACCCCAUGUAACCUUGUUACAAUCUUUGACUUGUAUAUGAAAUAUAAAUGAUAAAAAAAAUACAAUACAAUACAAUGCAGAUGGUUUAUAAGAUAGGAUAAAAUAAAUGGUGGUGAAAUAAAACACUCACAUUUAACCCCUUAAGGACACGACAUGUGUGACAUGUCAUGAUUCCCUUUUAUUCCAGAAGUUUGGUCCUUAAGGGGUUAAAGGAGCCUAUAUAUACAUACUGGCUCUGUAAUCAGGCUUUUAGAUUAGCAGUACACCCCAAACCGCUGUAAAAUCAAAUUAAAAGGUGCAAUAAGUAUAAUGCUCACCUUGUGCAGACCAUUACAGUCCUGGCUCUGAGGUAUAAUGGUGUUGUGCCAACAGAGGACUUUAAAAAUAAUCAGAUUUGUUUGUACAAUUUAAAUAUAUAAUAUAUAAUAUAAAAGGAAAUAUAGCAGUACAAAAGUCCUGAAUGUAACCGAAACAUGUUUCACUCUUGUAGAGCUUCUUCAGUCAGCUGUGAGUGUGGUCCUGUAAAUCAAUAUGCAAUGUCAAUCUGCAGUUGCUAAGGCCAGUAAGGUUUUAUCAUGUAUAAAUAGGGGCAUAAAUUCUCGGGAUGAAAAUAUAAUUUUGCCUCUUUAUAACUCACUGGUAAGACCACACCUUGAAUAUGCUGUGCAAUUUUGGGCACCUGUUCUAAAGAAGGAUAUCACUAGAAAAGUGCAGAGACGAGCUACAAAAUUGAUAAAAGGAAUGGAGCAUGUGGCGAAACCGACCUCGCCACUGAGCAUUGGAGAAGACUGAUUGCCAGCCUCCUGCCAUGUGACUAUGGCCCCUGGGAUGUAUUGCCCUUUAAAGACAUGAUUUGGGCAUAAUGGAUUUGUGUUGUGCUGCUGCUGGCCCUUUAAGAACCAUCUGGGGACAUACUGUGGAGUUACUGGGUGGCCACCAUUUCCUGUAUCAGAGGCACAUGGUGAGAACAAUGGAUGGAGGCCAUUUUAACUCACAGACACUGUUUGGACUUUUCAACACGGUGCUAUCUCGCCAGUAUUUGGUGCACAGAGACAUCGUGCAGUGGUUUUGGACUAUACAGCAGGGGACACAUUAUACAGUGAUUGUCUUUCAGUUAGCCUGUAUAUGUUCUGCCGAAUCUGCAUUAAACUGUAUCUUCCAUAGUACUGAACGGAUCUGGGUGAAUUUUGGAUAUGUGGUUCACCCAGAUCCCCCGGUUCCAAGGAUAUAUGGGAUUAUUGCAUGUCUUGGGGUCCCUGUGAUGUGUUUUAUGAAACUGUAUUUCUCUGUGUGUGAUAAUUAGAUUACCCAUUGUGUAAGGUAAUUGUAUCACAGGCAGAGGGGAGGAUUUUGUGUGAGAGUGUCUGUGUGUAUUGUACAGAUUGAUUGGUUGUUCUGUAAAACCCUGUGGGCAGUACUAAGUUUGUGGAUUGGGAAUAAAAGAGACUGUAUGUGCCAGUACAGUCAGUUCCUGCUUAACCCUCAAAGUGAAGUGUCGUCUCAUUAUUGGGGGAGGAUUUAUUGUAUGCUGUUCCAGUUUGACUGCUAGGAGUGUAAACCUAUUCGCAUGUUUUUUCCUAUUCGGCUGUAUACAACAUUCAUAUGCUUAAAAGUACUUAAAAGCUUCUCUGGUUCGGUGAUUGUGGUGUCUGCAGAGUGCUUGGAGUCCUCAGGAAAUGCUAGGAGCAUCCUUCAACGGAGGUACCCAGUCGGGGUGCCAGGUGUGGUAAACAUAGCCACUUAGACAUUAUUUAAGUACUGUCACUUUAAGGGUUGCCUGUAUGAUUUUCGUGUUAUGUGUGUUCCAGCGUAUAAUGCAAUGUGAUUGUGUAACACUGUAUUGCCUUCAUUGGCUAUCUGCCGAAAGCAGAUAGCUGAUUUCCUUUCGUAUCACGAACGGAACCUUUGCGGGCCGUUCGUGAACCGAAUUAACUAUCAUUUAAUAGCCCACACACCAAGAGACGUGUGGCGCUUGUUAACCGAUUGCAAUGUUGCAAUCGGUAAUUAGAAGCUCUCCAAGGUGGCCGUCGUUCGACUACCGAACAUGCGGCGGUCGGCCAUCUUGGAUCCUUUGUUCCCUCAGCGGUGUUUGGUCGUCGAGCGCAUGCUACUAAAAAUGGCUACUCGACGGCAUGAACACCGCUGAGCUUCCAGGCCGUUCGGGAGUUCCGGGCCGUUCGGUAUCUUGUUCCCUGGCAUGCAAUCGGUCUUUUGAACAUAUGUUUUAAUGAAUGUGUUUUUCGUGCGGUGUUCGGUUAUUUUAGCUGGGAUCUGAUCGGUAAUCUCACGAAUGAUGCGCUCAGACCCCAGCUAUCUACCGAACGUCCAUUCGUGCAAAUAGACCGUAUAUUCAAACAGUUAUGGAUUUUUAUAUAAAUUGUCGGUUCUACUGCACGGAGGGAUAAUCCACUUAACGGUACAUUCCUGUGGGAGGAUCCCUCUCGUGCAGCAGUGCCUGAUGGGAGAAAUGCCCAGAAUGUGAAGUCCCCCAUGUAGUCCCCUCUGGGAAUGCCCCUGGGAGGGGACUCAGGAAACCCCUUGCAUGGGGACUUGUAUAAAUUGUGGAGCUGUGAAUAAAGACCUCAGUUAACUCCCAGCCUAUGUGUCGUCUAGUUCUUGGGAGGGAAAGAUUACUACAGUACUACUUGGAUUAUUGCAUGCUGAUUCCCCUGGAUUAUCCUUUGUUGUUCCUAUUAGCCAGCGGAGAUAUUGUGGAUUAUACUGCCUCUCCGCUACAAUUGGUGGCAAGCGACGGGAUUGAAUCUACACAGCAAAGCAACGUUCGGCAGAAUUAAAACGAAUAAAGGAACGGCGAUUCGGGAAUGAGCUCAUUCGGAUGAAACCCACGAACGGCUGGUGAAUGGGAACAAAUUACACCCUGCUAAAACGGAGCACACUAAAGGAGCUGCUGGAAGCAAGAGGAGCAAUAACCAGUAACAAGGCAAAGGCGGUCCUAAUUACAGAGCUCAUGGAAGGAGACAGAGCCGCAGCUGCUGCAGCACCUCCAAUGGAGGGAGAACCAAACGAAUUUGCAACCGAAUUCAGAAUACGAAUGGCUUUAUUCCCUGAACCACCAUCUGCAGAGAUGAUUAACAGGCUCUUCGCUGAUGUGCAGGAGUACAUCAUGUUUAGGAGGGCGCAAGGGAAUCAACAAGCCGGAGAAAGAGCCACAACGCCCGUCAAUAUCCUCCCAGGGAAAGCCAAAAUCCCAUACCAAGCCUUCAAAAGCUAUGUGGAGGCUGACGGUGGCAUAGACGACUACUUGCAGGACUUUGAGAGGCUGUGUUUGCUGCAUGAUAUCAGCGAUGCAUACCAAGUACCCCUACUAGCAGGGAGAUUAUCUGGGCGCGCCGCAGAAGCAUACCGGACAGUACCAGAUGAGGAUAGUAGAGACUACAAUAAGGUGAAACGGGCCAUCCUAGCCCGGUAUGCGAUCACCUCCGAGGCGUACCGCAUGAAGUUCCGGGACAUUAAAAAACCCACUAAGGAAACUCAUGUGGAAUGGGCACACCAGCUACAGCGAGCUGCAAAGGGGUGGUUGGAGGCCGCCCAAGUUAACUCAUUGGAGGGUCUGUUUCAACUGAUGGUCCUGGAGCAAUUCUUCAAUGGCAUCCCUACAUACCUACAGAAUUGGAUCCUGGAUAGAAAACCACACACCCUGCAGGAGGCGGCUAAAAUAGCGGACGAAUUCCAAGAUAAUCGGAGAGAUCAGCCCACACCAACCAGACCCGCCAUCGCCCCUACAUCAGCCAGCACCGCAGGGGGCCCCACGACUCAACAGCGACCCUACAUCAGCCAGAGUUCCUACCCUCCCAGGUAUUCAGCAUGCCCACCAAUUUGGUGCCAUACCUGCAACCAACAGGGGCACAUUCAGAGGGACUGCCCACGGAAUUGGCCCAGGCCCAGCUGGAAUAACGCAGCACCAAGCAACCGGGCGGCUGUACACUGCAUACAGGCCGAAUCCUACCAACCCCCAGAGAUGGGGGCAACCCUGGAGGAACCUCUGGGCACCCUACACAACGUAAACCCUAUCCAGGCCGCCUCCGAUAACCGCCAAGGGCACCGCCAGGAGGUACAUAUGGAAGGGAGGAAGGUACAAGGACUUCGUGACUCUGGGGCUACCUUAACUCUAGUCCGAAGUCAUUUGGUACCAAAACCCAAGCUCACUGGGGACUGUGUUGCUGUACAGGUGGCAGGGGGAGCCAUUUACAAAGUACCAACGGCCAAGGUACACUUGAAUUGGGGAGCGGGGCACAGGAAUGUGUAUGUGGGGAUGAUGCAGGACUUGCCAGCGGAUGUGAUUUUGGGCAACGACUUGGGGGAGCUGACUUCAGCAUUUGUUCCCCAGCCCACAGUACAGGAGGCUUAUCCGGUUGUGACCCGACAACAGGCCCGCACCACAGCACCAUCCAACCACUCUGAGGCUCAGGUAAGCAAUGACCCCCCCAUACCCACUGCCAUGCCAUGGGCCAACCCUCUAGAGUUUGAGUCAGAAGUGGCUCUAGACCCCUCUUUACAAGUGUAUAAAGACCGUAUUAAUAAAGAUCAAGCAGGAUUAGAAGGGGAAAGGUAUAUCUGGGACAAAGGACUACUGUACCGACACGCAGAAAAGGUAGUGUCCGGAUCUAUACCUUUACCCAUUAAACAACUCAUAGUGCCUCGAAAGUAUAGGUUAGAGUUGUUAUGCAUAGCCCAUGAUAUCCCCCUGUCUGGGCACUUAGGCAUCAGUCGUUCCAAGCACAGGCUGACCCAAAACUUCUUUUGGCCAGGUAUUUCCCAGGACGUUAGGCGAUAUUGCCAGACCUGUGAUACCUGCCAAAGGGUAGGGAAGAGAGGGGACAGAUACAAAGCCCGGCUACGGUCUCUGCCCAUAAUUGAGGAACCCUUCAGUAGGGUGGCAGUAGACCUCAUAGGACCCCUAGCAAAGCCCAGCCCAUCCGGCAAGAUAAUGUCUUGACUGUGGUGGAUUACGCCACCAGAUACCCCGAGGCAGUGGCGUUAACCAACGUACACGCUGAAACGGUAGCCGAGGCCCUGAUGAGAAUAUUCACGCGGGUAGGAUUUCCCCGAGAGAUUAUUUCAGAUAGGGGCACCCAGUUUACCGCUGAAGUAACACAUCAGCUCUGGAAGAUAUGCGGGGUACAGCAAAUCCUGAACUCCCCAUAUCACCCCCAGUCUAAUGGGCUCUGUGAACGGUUUAACAGAACCCUUAAGCAAAUGAUCCAUACGUUCAUGGACACCCAAAAAGACUGGGAAAGGUUUUUACCCCACCUGCUGUUUGCGUAUCGGGAGGUCCCCCAAGAAUCCACCGGAUUCUCUCCGUUCGAAUUGUUAUUCAGGAGGAGAGUGAGGGGACCUCUUGACUUGAUACGGGAACACUGGGAGGGAGACGAGACCAUUAGUGGCACCCCUAUCCUACCCUAUGUGCUCGAGUUCAGGCAACGCCUGGAGAUGCUGACCCAGACCGUCUGAGACAAUCUCCAGGUAGCACAGCAACGACAGCACAGAUGGUAUGAUAAGGGAGCCAGGGACCGCAGCUUUCAGGUGGGGCAAAAAGUACUAAUCUUGCGACCAGUACACAAAGAUAAGCUGCAGGCUUCCUGGCAGGGCCCAUACAAGGUGGUAAAACAGAUCUGCAACACUACCUAUGUGAUCGGCCCGGUUACAGGCACGGGAGGCAAACGCAUGCUCCACGUGAACAUGCUCAAGCCGUACCACGAAUGCAUUGAGGAGGUGACCGCAAUCUGUGCCCCUGCCACCGAAGAUUUUGACAAUCUACCUCUCCCCGAUCUCCUAGACCAAGAGAGCCAGAGCGGAGAUCUGGGAGAGGUACAGUUAGGAGAGCGGUUAAACCCCCAAGAGAGAACCCAAGUGCAAAGGUUACUCCAGGAAAAGAAAGCCACGUUUUUCAAUUUACCCGGCUUUACCCCGUUAGCUACGAAUAAGGUAGAAACUUUAGAUCAGACUCCUCUGCGCCAAACCCCAUACCGCAUACCCGAAGCAGUCAAAGAAAAUAUGUGCAAAGAAAUUGAGGAAAUGCUUCAGUUGGGAGUGAUAGAGCACUCAGACAGCCCCUGGGCCUCCCCGGUAGUACUAGUGCCGAAACGGGACGGAACAACCCGUAGACUACCGGCGGCUCAACGAUAAAACGACCUCAGACGCUUAUCCCAUGCCCCGAAUAGACGAGCUCCUAGACAAAAUGGCCAGGGGCCAGUACCUUACCACAAUAGAUCUGUGCAAAGGGUACUGGCAAAUUCCGUUAGCAGAAGACGCAAUUCCUAAAUCGGCCUUUGUCACCCCGUUUGGGUCAUGCCAUUCAGGAUGAGAAACGCCCCAGCUACCUUCCAGAGAAUGGUAGACAGGUUAUUGGAUGGUAAAAAAACACAAAUUUAUAGAGAGCGCCAAAAAAAAUAAAAAUAAUAUAGUGGAUUUUCUAAGCAAGUGCUUCAAGUUAUAAUUAUCCACAAGAAAAAGUUAAUAUACAAAGCUGCCCGAUACACUAAAAACCUUCCCAAGUUUUAAAACAUAACAUAAAAUAAAAUAAACACAGUAUCAGCGCUUAGUUGAUAUACCCCUAUAUUUCAUAUAAGGGUCACCAACAAAGAUAUGUUAAAUUAAAUGAAAAAGUUCCAAUUGUAGAACGAGCGAAACGCGUAGAUCGUGUUUCUGGCGGGAUUUUUGAAUUUGGAUAGACUGCAGUAAUAUCGGUCAGUUGGCGUUUCAGUGAGGAUCGAUCCGAGUGCACAGGACCGGUCUGGGGUUGAACAUCCACGGAGUGGUAACUUUAUAUUCACCAACCGACAUUCUGCAUAUCUAUGCUUUUAUUGUGAACCUUAGAAAUAAGUUUCACCAAGUUUUAAUGUAAGAGUUCCUCUUAAGGGGGGUUUACCGUGUGGGAAAUAAAGUGCUGAAACUGUAUCACGCUAUGUCAGUAUCUUUUUAUUAAAGGUUGGAUACACAUAGAGACAAAGUUUUUUUACAUCAAUUUCUGUUUCAACUAUCAAAUCCCUGCGGACAUUUUGAAAACACCCCAAUAAGACUACAAUUGGAACUUUUUCAUUUAAUUUAACAUAUCUUUGUGGUUGACCCUUAUAUGAAAUAUAGGGGUAUAUUAACUAAGCGCUGAUACUGUGUUUAUUUUAUUUUAGGUUAUUGGAUGGGUUCCAGGAGUAUGCAUGCGCAUAUCUAGAUGAUAUCGCCAUAUUCAGCUACUCCUGGCACGAACAUCUAGUCCAUAUAGGAGCCGUGCUAGACCGGAUCCGGGAGGCCGGACUGACCUUAAAACCCAGCAAAUGCCAUAUAGGUAUGGCAGAAGUGCAGUACCUAGGGCACCGGGUAGGGAGCGGGCAACAGAAACCAGAACCCGCUAAAAUAGAGGCAGUCACCCAAUGGCCCACCCCUCGUAACAAGACCCAAGUGCUCGCCUUCUUAGGGACCGCCGGGUACUACCGGAAAUUUGUGGCCAACUAUAGUGCCCUUGCCAAACCCCUCACUGAUUUGACCUGUAAGAAUCUCCCUAAGCUAGUAGCCCGGGCCCCAGAGUGUGAGCAGGCAUUUCAACAGCUCAAGACGAGUCUUGUUAAAUCACCUGUACUUUCUGCUCCUGAUCCAACUAAACGUUUUCUCGUCCACACAGAUGCUUCUAUGUUUGGAUUGGGAGCAGUACUGAGCCAAGUUGGACCCAAUGGUGGCGAGCACCCCGUAGCUUAUCUAAGCCGAAAACUUUUACCCAGGGAAGUAAGCUAUGCCGCCAUUGAAAAUGAGUGCCUGGCUGUGGUGUGGGCCCUCAAAAAGUUGCAGCCCUAUUUAUACGGACAACCCUUUACACUACUCAUGGAUCACAACCCGUUGCAAUGUUGCAAUCGGUAAUUAGAGGCUCUCCAAGGUGGCUGUCGUUCGACUACCGACCAUGCGGCGGUCGGCCAUCUUGGAUCCUUUGUUCCCUCAGCGGUGUUUGGUCAUCGAGCGCAUGCUACUAAAAACGGCUACUCGACGGCAUGAACACCGCUGAGCUUCCAGGCCGUUCGGGAGUUCCGGGCCGUUCGGUAUCUUGUUCCCUGGCAUGCAAUCGGUCUUUUGAACAUAUGUUUUAAUAAAUGUGUUUUUCAUGCGGCGUUCGGUUAUUUUAGCUGGGAUCUGAGCGGUAAUCUCACGAAUGAUGCGCUCAGACCCCAGCUAUCUACUGAACGUCCAUUCGUGCAAAUAGACCGUAUAUUCAAACAGUUAUGGAUUUUUAUAUAAAUUGUCGGUUCUGCUGCACGGAGGGAUAAUCCACUUAACGGUACAUUCCUGUGGGAGGAUCCCUCUCGUGCAGCAGUGCCUGAUGGGAGAAAUGCCCAGAAUGUGAAGUCCCCCAUGUAGUCCUUUCUGGGAAUGCCCCUGGGAGGGGACUCAGGAAACCCCUUGCAUGGGGACUUGUAUAAAUUGUGGAGCUGUGAAUAAAGACCUCAGUUGACUCCCAGCCUAUGUGUCGUCUAGUUCUUGGGAGGGAAAGAUUACUACAGUACUACUUGGAUUAUUGCAUUCUGAUUUCCCUGGAUUAUCCUUUGUUGUUCCUGUUACCCAGCGGAGAUAUUGUGGAUUAUACUGCCUCUCUGCUACACCAGGUGAUCCGUUACAUUGGUGGAUGCGGUGGGAUGGCGUCCUAGUGCGAGGUAAAGCAGCUCAGAGACACCGUUCGUGGAGUUACAAAUUGAGGGCAACGCUAGCACACGUGCACCACCCCUGGGAGCAGAGGUAUCCAGCGACUUGGAGCAGACAAUUAUGGAAGGCUCUGGCGAUGAUUGGAUGGCCGAGGUGAGGCAGCGAGUGGCCCAGUAUGGGGAUGAUGUACCCAUGGAGAUACGCCGGGUGAUCUGGAACCAGGUCGUCUCCCCCUGAGGCGGCCGAAGGAACCUGAAGUAGGGGUUCUCAUAGACUGGUCCUGUGAGGAACCACAACAGGCAGGUGGAGAUGGGACCGAGGUCUCUCCACUGGGCCCACCGGGAUGCUGGGCAGCCGGCCCAGAUCCCCAGCAGCAGCCGGAGUUGCCAGGUGCGGAAGCAGGUGGUCCUUACUCGCAAAGGCUGAGGGACCUCACAGACUGGUCCUGAGAAGACCCACAGAUGGCAGGUGGAGAUGGGACGGCGGUCUCUCUACCGGCCCUACAGGGAUGCUGGGCGGUCGGCCCAGAUCCCCAGCGGCAGUAUGUAUCACAGGGAGCUGAAGGUGCUUUCCUUCCUCCCCAGCGGCAGCAUAUUUCACAAAGGGUAGACCUUAUUCUCCCAGAUCUGGCAGAUGAGACAGUUGGUCUCGCUUCUCAGCAGCAGGACAAUAUUUUGAAUUGGGAGACAAUCGGUCCCCCUCUCCACCAGCAGAGAGAGUAUCAGGGAGAGGAGCCUGUUAUCCCCCUCUCCCCAGCGGCUUAAAGUGUGUAAGGUAGAGGAGCUUGUUACCCCCUCUCCCCAGAGGCAGCGUAGCCCACCAAUGGGAGACACUAAGCCCCCCACCAGCGCAGAGGGGACCGUGGUCUCUGCUCCCAAGCUACAGGGAGUACGGACAGUCGGUCCUGCUCCCCAGCGGCAGAGUAUUCUACCAGGAGGGGAGAGUCUCGUUCCCUCUCCCAAGCGGCAGCAUAGCCCACCAAGGGGAGACACUAAGCCCCCCAUCAGUGCAGAUGGGACCGUGGUCUCUGCUCCCAAGCUACAGGGAGUACGGACAGUCGGUCCUGCUCCCCAGUGGCAGAGUAUUCUACCAGGAGGGGAGAGUCUUGUUCCCCCUCCCCAGCGGCAGCCUAGCCCACCAAGGGGAGAUUGGGACCUGUGCCCAAACCACAGGGUGUAGGGACAGUCGGUCCUGUCCCCCUGCAGCAGGGCUGUUUAUCCAAAGGGGAGACAACCUCCAGCAGCAGCCCCAGGUCCGGAGUGAGUAGCCUACUACGCUGUUCCCUCACCUGGGCUCCAACCAGGCUACUCCCGUAGUAGCGCUGGCACCAGGGCAGAGUACCGCUGGUCUCUGCCCACCCAGCAACCCACCAAUCCAGAGUGCUAGUACCCCCCAGAGCCAAGGUGGAGCUCCUGGACAAGCGACCCACUACUCCAGGUGUAGUAACCAAUUUUCGUGGGUGGGUUAUACUGCGGAUUCUGUUUUGUGGGUGGGUUGCUGGACUAACCAAGGCACUGACCAACAGGAGGUCAGAUACCUUGUUAGUCUUUUUGGGAAAGGGGAGAAAUGUGGUGAAACCGACCUCGCCACUGGGCAUUGGAGAAGACUGAUUGCCAGCAUCCUGCCAUGUGACUAUGGCCCCUGGGAUGUAUUGCCCUUUAAAGACAUGAUUUGGGCAUAAUGGAUUUGUGUUGUGUUGCUGCUGGCCCUUUAAGAACCAUCUGGGGACAUACUGUGGAGUUACUGGGUGGCCACCAUUUCCUGUAUCAGAGGCACAUGGUGAGAACAAUGGAUGAAGCACAUGGUGAGAACAAUGGAUGGCGGCCAUUUUAACUCACAGACACUGUUUGGACUUUUCUACAUGGUGCCAUCUCGCCAGUAUUUGGUGCACAGAGACAUUGUGCAGUGGUUUUGGACUAUACAGCAGGGACACAUUAUACAGUGAUUGUUUUUCAUUUAGCCUGUAUAUGUUCUGCAGAAUCUGCAUUAAACUGUAUCUUCCAAACUACUGAACGGAUCUGAGUGAAUUUUGGAUAUGUGGUUCACCCAGAUCCCCCGGUUCCAAGGAUAUACUUUUUUAUGGGGUUAUUGUAUGUUUUGGGGUCCCUGUGAUGUGUUUUAUGAAACUGUAUUUCUCUGUCUGUGAUAAUUAGAUUACCCAUUGUGUAAGGUAAUUGUAUUACAGGCAGAGGGGAGGAUUUUGUGUGGGAGUGUCUGUGUGUAUUGUACAGAUUGAUUGGUUGUUCUGUAAAACCCUGUGGGCAGUACUAAUUUUGUGGAUUGGGAAUAAAAGAGGCUGUAUGUGCCAGUACAGUCAGUUCCUGCUUAACCCUGAAAGUGAAGUGUCGUCUCAUUAUUGGGGGAGGAUUUAUUGUAUGCUGUUCCAGUUUGACUGCUAGGAGUGUAAACCUAUUCGCAUGGUUUUUCCUAAUCGGCUGUAUACAACAUUCAUAUGCUUAAAAGUACUCAUAUGCUUCUCCGGUUCGGUGAUUGUGGUGUCUGCCAGAGUGCUUGGAGUCCUCAGGAAACGCUAGGAGCAUCCUUCAACGGAGGCACCCAGUCGGGGUGCCAGGUUAUCCAUUACAGAGCAUUUUAGUUAUGAAGAAAUGUUAAAAAAUGUAAAUCUCUUUAGUAUGGAAAAACGGCACCUCUGAGGGGAUAUGAUAACAUUAUACAAAUAUAUUCGGGGCCAGUACGAGUAGGACACAAGGUCUCACAUUUAGGCUGGAAGAAAGGAGAUUUCAUCUAAGGCAAAGAAAAGGUUUUUUUACAGUAAGAGUAAUAAGGAUAUGGAAUUCUCUAAAACAGAAAUAAUAGGUCGCGCUUCAACAAAUAAAUAUAAUAUAUUAAUAUACACUAAGAAACGUAGAGAAAAAAGUGUAUAAUUUAUAAAAUGAAUAAUUAAUAGUCCAAAUACUUGGUGUACUUGAUAUAAAUUCCAAUGGAUAGAUAAAGGUCUCAGUCCUUUAUGUCCGUCUCUUACUGUAUUCGGCAAAGGGGUAAUGUAUUCAAUGAGAAACAGGAACUUCUAAUGCGAGCGUAGUCUUGACUCGAUGGUAACCAUGAAAAAUAGAGAAAACAGGGAAAAUCCAAUAGUGUAGAUUGUCUAUAGGUAACUGAAAGUAUGAGGAAUAAUAGGGAGGUAAUACAUUCACCUAUUUUUGAGCAUAUACUCGCUCUAGUGUAUUAGGCAUUCAGUGGCGUUUGUCCCCCACUGGUAGGAUAUAGGUGAAGAUGAUUCCUCCGUGUAAGAAAAGGGAUAAAAAACACAAUAUAGUGCUCACUGGAUAUAAAUAUAAUAAAUAAAAUGAGAGAAUAAAAAUACUCACAUUCAAAUGAGCAGGAUAAACUGCUCAAUGUAAACGCACGAGUGGUACAAUCCCCACCCAGGAUUCUUGGCUGUAUGUAGACUCCAAGGUGAAAAGUAACCGGGUACCAGGAAAUUAAUAAAAUGAAAUAAAAAAGGUAUAUGGCAAAAAUAUGAUAAAAGAGCCAAUAUUCCUUUAUUAAUACAGUGUAAAAUAUAAUUAAUAGCCAAAACGCGUUUCGCCACACAGGGCUUUAUCAACUGGCAAUAGUAAAAAACAGCCUGGUACAUAGAUACUUAUAUAAACUUAGAUAAAACAUGUUAAUUCAAAUUUUGGCGCCAAAAUGACGUCAUCAGUGCAAUGGAUAAAAUAAAGAAAUUUAAAAACCAUUCAAAACAUAAAAAAAGAAAUGCAUAAUAUUAAUAAAACAAAAUAUUUGAUGAUUAUUAAGUUUUAAAAUUAAAACGAGUAUUGUAUACAAAAAUAAAAAGGUAAAGAAGGAUAAAAAGUCAUGUGAUCGCAAUAUAAUGUGGUCACAUGGUAAGUAUUAGUGCAGCAUGGGAAUUGUAGUAAGAGGUGGUCACGUGGUCGCAGACCUGCGCGACCACGUGGCUUGCCGCAUGCACAUGAAAAAGGAACAGUAGUCAGAUGGAGGUCGGCAACUGGCAACACGCCUCCGUCUGACGUCUGCUUAAGGGGCGGCAACAUUCGCCGCAAGUGCAUGUGGGGCAUAUAGUGAUUCGGACGGAGGCUAGCAUAAUAAAACACGCCUCCGUCCGACAUCACUGAAAAGGGCGGUGCAAAGUGCCGCUCAUAUAUGACUGUGUACAGAUAAACCCCAUAUACUUAAAUACAGUAAAGCAAAUAGGGACAAUCAUCAGUUGGAGUAUUUUACAAGAGAAAAUAAAAAAUAAAUAAAUGAGUAAACAUUAUGAUUGUCACAGUGGAUACUGACAAUAGGUAGAUAAAACAUCUAAAGAAAGAAAAACAAAUGCUGAUGUUGAUAAAUAGAAAUAAAUAUAAAAAUUAAUAUAAAAAUAAAAUUAAAAUAAAAGUGAAUAUGAGAAAAAAAAAAAAAUUUAUUAUUACAUUUAAUAUAGCUGGUUUAUAAAAAAUUAAAAAUGUCAAAUUCAGCAUUUAAACCCUCAGGGAAGAGAGUUUUUAGUUGAAAAACCCAAUACAUUUCCCUUUUUCCUAAAGCUUUAGUUAUAUCUCCACCUCUUCAUGGGAGAGUAACUUGUUCAAUCCCAAUGAUUUUUAAAAGAGUAGGGUCUUUAUUAUGUGUAAGAAAAUGCUUAGAAACUGAGUGAUUUUCGUAACCUCUUCUAAUAUUACGGCAAUGUUCUGCCAAUCUCACUUUUAAGCAUCUUUUAGUCAUGCCCACAUAUUGAAGUCCACAAGGACAUUCUAGUAGAUAUAUGACAUUUCUAGUAUUACAACCUAUAAAUUCUUUAAUUGUAUAGGAAGUUUUAGUGAUAUUAGAGGAAAAGUGAGUAAUUUUAGAGUUUUUAAUUUUUUUUGUGGUUCUACACACAAUGCAUUUAUUGCACUUAAAACAACCUUUCGGCCUAGAUAAAAAGUUUUUGUUUUGUAGUACAUUCUCUUUCGUAUAAUUUUUUGUAAGGAUUGUUCUAAAGUUAGGAGCUCCUCUGAACACAACAUUGGGUCUGUCUGGGAUAUAGUCUUUUAGAAGAUUGUCCUGUUUUAGGAUAUGCCAAUGUUUAAGAUUUUUUUUAAAAUUGUAUUCUUAUUAUUAAAAUCCAAUAUAAUAGGUAAUUGAGGAGGGUCUACUUUUUUAACCUUGUAUUCGAGAAGCUCCUUUCUUUCCUUCUUUUUUACUGCCUCUAGGGCUGUAUUUAACUUAUCUGCUUCAUAGUUUUUAUCUAAGAACUUAUUUUUCAAUGAGGUAGACUGAACGUUAAAAUCAGCUUUUUGAGAGCAGUUUCGGUGAAGGCGGAGAAAUUGGCUUUUUGGGAUACCAUCCAACCAGGGUUUAUGAUGACAACUAGUUUGAUCAAUGAUCGUAUUGGUACAAACUUCUUUAAAGAAGGUUUUAGUUUGGAUACAGCCGUCUUUUAUAAAAAUAUUUAAAUCUAAAAAAUUAACUGACGUUGUGCUAAAAUCUGAAGAUAAAACUAUACCUCUGUCAUUAGUAUUUAAAAAUUCUAAAAACUGCUUUAAAGAGGUUUCAGAACCUUGCCAAAUAAAAAACAAAUCGUCAAUAUAACGGAAGUAGGAAACCAAGUUUGCCCGCCAGUCAUGGUCACCCCAAACUGCCGAGGAUUCCCAAUCGGCCAUGAACAGAUUAGCGUAGCUGGGGGCAAACCUGGUUCCCAUAGCCGUACCUUUCUUCUGUAUAUAAAAUGAAUCUAAAAACCAAAAAUAGUUGUUCGUGAGGAUUAUAUCUAUACCUUGUAUGAUAAAAUCAAUUUGGGAAUCUGAGAUGGAGCUAUUCUGUUUCAAGGACCUCUCUACUGAUUGGAAUUCUCUGCCUGAAGAGGUGGUUUUAUCCGAGUCCAUACAGAUGUUUGAACUGAAAUUGGAUAAAUACUUGCAAAAACAUAAUAUACAGGGAUAUCAUUUCUAAUUAGUGGGGUAAUAGCUGCUUGAUCCAAGGAGACAUCUGACUGCUAUUUUCUAGUUUGUUGCAAAUGCAAAGACUAGGUCUUUUGCCUUCUUUUGGAUCAACAGCAAAAACAUAUGUGAGAAGGCUGAACUUGAUGGACGCAAGUCUUUUUUCAGCUAUGUAACUAUGUAGCUAUGUAAUACCCAGCCAGCCUGCUAUAAUAUAUAUAUUAUUUUUGAUAUGUAACCAAUAAAAGCUAUAUUUUAUAAAGACCGUGAGUGCGGACCAUCAACUCAAUCUUUGCAUGUUUGGAUGACCCAGGUCCAGCACCCGGCAUUUCUAAGUAUAUCUUUUCUGCAGCCUGAUGUGCAAGGAAACAAUGGAUUAAUAUAUGUAUUAAGGCCAUUUGGCCUGUAAUUGUGGGAGGUGCUUGUUAUUCACUGUUAGCUUACUUAAGAGACACCCCUUACCUGGCUCCAUACCAUUCGAGGUCAGCGUUGAAUGAGGAUCCACUUCCGGGUUCUCUCAGACGCCAUCUUGGUUUUCAGUAUCCGCGGAAAGCUGUGUCCAGGAAUCCUUUUACAGGCCUUUCCGUCUGUCAAUCCUUUUACAGGCCUUUCAUCGUCGUAGAUCACGUCCCAGGGACUCCUAAGCCGUAAGUUAGACCUACCUGUCACGCCAGGAUCGGUUCCCACGGCGUCCGGCACAGCACGGGUCCUCAUUUUACGGUCUUUUCCCUGUUAUGUUGCAAGUGGACAAUCCGUUCGCGGAAUCAUUUCGAGCAAUAUUCGGCAAAUUCAUUGUGUUAGUUAAGGGUUGUCAUUUCGCCUAAAGCUGUUCCGUGUUUUCGGCGAAACAAGCUAUCCUUUCGGCUAUUUUGCCUUUCGGCACUUGUUCAUGAUAUGCUUAGCACACUUGCCUGUUCGCAUAGGUUUUUCGUUUCAGUUCUGUUUCCCUUGCCAUAGAGUUCGGAAUGUUGUCUUGCUUAUGUAUUCGCAUAAAUCCUUUUCGUGCAUUACAUACAUCAUUUCAUGCCUAUAUUAUUCAGUUAAACAAUUUGGUUUUGCUUACUGGAUAUAAACUAAUUCUAUUUACUGUUUAAAGGUAUGAGGGUUGUAUUGGUUUCCAUAGCAAUCCAAUUCACAUAUCUGUAUGGAUCAUUUGACUCCCACGCUGUCAGGGGUUUUCCAUACUGAUCCAUUACAGUCACGUUUUUUUAGCCUACAGUUACAGGCCUCAUUUCUGUUUUAAACUAUGACAAGACAUAUACAUGAGGAUACGAUUUCCUUUUCUAAGCAGGGAAUUCUCGGGUUGAAUCACACAUACUGAUCCAACCAAUCAUACGUCUUUGCAUUACAGUACUAUCAUAUACAACUUUACAUCAUCACUUUGGAGAAUUGUUUUCACCCCUUCCCCUUUGUGGUUAAUUAUAUGUCAGCAUGGCUCAUCUAAGUACAGGCCGUGGCCUCCCCUCCCCCCCUUUUUUUCUUACUUGAACCCCAUCAUACAUCCCCUCUGUUUAUAGCCAGAAUCCUGGCACUAGAAGACACUGCAUCACUUGGCCUUUUAGUAACAUUUAUGUUGUCAUGGCAUUUCUCUGUCUGUGAUAAUUAGAUUACCCAUUGUGUAAGGUAAUUGUAUCACAGGCAGAGGGGAGGAUUUUGUGUGGGAGUGUCUGUGUGUAUUGUACAGAUUGAUUGGUUGUUCUGUAAAACCCUGUGGGCAGUACUAAUUUUGUGGAUUGGGAAUAAAAGAGGCUGUAUGUGCCAGUACAGUCAGUUCCUGCUUAACCCUGAAAGUGAAGUGUCGUCUCAUUAUUGGGGGAGGAUUUAUUGUAUGCUGUUCCAGUUUGACUGCUAGGAGUGUAAACCUAUUCGCAUGGUUUUUCCUAAUCGGCUGUAUACAACAUUCAUAUGCUUAAAAGUACUCAUAUGCUUCUCAUUGUAUGCUGUUCCACUUUCGUGCCAUUUACCAGUUUAUCUCCAUAACCAAAUCCUUAAAACACCUCUGGUGCAGGCUACACAGACUACACCAUUCCCACACAGACUAUCCGUUUCAGGUUAUCCAGGUUUAUAUAGUUCACCAUACGAAUUCGCAGUGAUAUACCCAUACUACCAGGUACGUACGCCUGCUCACCUGGUAUUCUUACAUACAUUUCAUCCCCCCCAAGGUUAGAGUACUGGUAAUAGGGUCACAGGCUCACCAAUAUGUAUUUACCCCUUCUUGGCAUUUGCCAUUGGUUAGUGGUCCCGCGAGGCCAAGACCCCGCCUCAACGUUCGGAGGCAAACACCCAUCAGGCCACACGUGAGCUACUCGCCUCGCAUGUCGCAUAGAGAGGGCCUCACCUGUCACUCCCUUCCCCUGUUUUCUGUGUUAUAGUCACCGAGAGGCCUACAAUCCUGCCACUACGACGGGUGGCCUCGAAUCCCCUCGCGCCAAGGCAUAGAUAGAGCCUCUCAAGCCACUUGGCAACUAGCAGGGCCUCACCUGUCACCAAAUAAGUUUAAUGUUUCGCCAUCUGGCUUAGUUAGCUUGCAAGUACAAUCUCGGUGGUUUUCAUACACUAAUUGUUUUAUUUUAGUAUGUCUCAGGAAGAGGUAGAGGAUUUCUCCCUGCCUAGCACCCUGGCUAGAGCAUUUACUCCUACACAAGGAGGAGAGGUAACCAGUCCAGCAUCAAUCAGAUCCUGGACAAUCCCUCGUAUAACUACUAAAUUAAGGAGACGGCAAAUCCCUAGCCGGGCCACCCGCUGCUGCUUCCCCAGCACCAGCCAACUUGCUGUUAGUUGCUCCGGCCAUCACCCAGGAGGACCAGGAAGUUAGCCCUGCUCACAUGAUCCCUGAGCACCUAAAAAGAGAUAUCCUGGAAGGUAAAGACGUCAGCCUGGCUUCUCUGCUGAUUGCUUCCCAGGAUAUCGUGGAAAAUAAGACUUAUGCAUAUGAUGAUGUGUCUGUUGUGGUCAAAUCUAGGGACGCCCGCCUAAACAGGAAUCUGACUAUUCUCUAGUUUGUACUAUCUUUUGGUAUUUACCGGGACGUCAUCUGUGCGGUCUAUCCCAAUAGACGAGAGGAGUUUGAUCUUUAUAUGCACAAGCUGGUAGACCAGGGCAACAAAUAUGGUGGAUUAGCCUUCUAUGACUACCAUAGGUCUUUUUUUUGCAAAAGUGUCUGGGGCCUUCUCUCAGUAUGGAACAAGAUCCAACUGGGGUAGGAUUGAUACCGUCAUAUUUUGCAGACACUUUGCAGGUCUAAGAAUACGGGCUUGUGCAUACUGCUCCUCUACGGUGCAUACGACAAAUUUUUGUCCCAACACGGCGGACGAACAUGCUUCCACGCAAGGAGCUAGUUCCUCUGGUGUUUCAGAGAAAGUAACCAGAGACAAACUGGGAUGCCCGAUCAGGUUUCUGGGCAAGUCCCAGAUAUGUAAUAAUUUCAAUGUCGGUCUUGUAAUUAUAGUGGAUGUAGAUUAUUGCAUAUCUGUUUAAAAUGUUUUAGGGCACAUGCCAAAACCAUGUGUCCAAAUAAAAUGUACCCUAAGCCGUAUCUAACGUCCAUUAACAUUUCGGUAUUCACAACAUUUCUGUCACAUCACCCGUCUAGACACUUGGUAGAUUUUCUUAUCUCUGGUUUAACAGAAGGCUUUCACACAGGUAUUCUACACAUACCGUCCGGGAUUCUAGAAUUCCCUAAUCUACAAAUCUGCACAGCACAACCCCACAGCUGUUGACACUCUCAUAGCUCAGGAAGUUGCUGAAGGUUUCCUGUUGGGGCCUUUCCAGUCUCCUCUGUUCAACGAAUGGCGCACUAACCCAUUGGUAGUGUCACAGGGAAAUCUUCCCUUAAACAAAGACUCAUUAUUGACCUGUCUGCACCACACUCAUUGGCUAACCCCAGUCUCAAUUCCCUCAUACCCUCUGAAGAAUUCUCCCUGCAAUACAUUACCAUAGAUCACGCCAUUACAGCUAUCAUACAGGCAGGGGUCGGAGCAUGGCUUAGUAAGACCGAUAUUACUCACGCCUUUAAAUUGCUGCCAAUUCACCCUACAGUGUGGCACCUGCAUGGCAUCAAGUGGUCCGGGAACUACUACUUUUUCUCCCGAUUAACUUUUGGGUCCAAAAGUAGCCCUACUAUUUUCGACACAUUUGCCGAAGCAUUGUGCUGGUUACUAUUGAACAUAGCCAGGUGCCCUACGGUAUUACAUUACCUGGAUGAUUUCUCACUGGUCGAGGAUAACACUUCCUCUCCCAGUAGCUUAAAAGCUACCACAAAGCAAUUCGAACAGCUAGGUGUCCCAAUCUCCCCAAAGAAAACUGAGGGGCCAGACACGAUUAUCACAUUCCUGGGUAUUCAAUUAGACUCAACCACAAUGCAAGCAAGCCUGCCACACGACAAGAUAGGAAACAUUCUUAGCUACAUCAACCACUACCUUCAGCUCGGUACUUGCAACCACAAAGAGCUACAGUCCCUGCUGGGUUCUCUAAAUUUUGCCAUGCGUAUCAUACGUCAAGGCCGCUCCUUCAUAUCACGACUCUUGUAUCUAUUUCCACUCUUUCUACACGACACACACAGGUUGUCCUUAGAUACUCAAGCUACGGCAGACUUACGCAUGUGGAAGAAAUUUUUAACCACUUGAAAUGGUAAAAAUAUGUUCCUCCCUCAAUUGACUGACUCAUCACCUACCAUUUGAUCAGAUGCGGCAUCUACCACAGGUUUUGCAGCAAUUUUUGGGAACGAAUGGCUUUAGGGCAGCUGGCCUACAGCAGUUCAGGAUUUGGAGGGUUUUUCCACUACCGCAGCUCUCUUUGAGAUCUAUCCCAUUGUGGCGGCUGCUGUAGCAUGGGGUCAUUUAUGGGCAAACUUGCCAGUACGUUGCUACUGAGAUAACCAGGCAACCUGUCACAUCAUCAACAAAGGUCAUUCCAAAUCCUUUACGAUCAUGAGAUUUCUGAGGAAACUCACUUGGUUGUCUGCUUGUCAUAAUUUCUUCCUGUAUUGUUUCCAUGUUCCAGGUGUAUGUAACACAGCUGCUGACAGUUUGUCUCGUUUUAAAUUCCAGGCAUUCCAUCAAGCACUCCCAUCAGCCGCACUCACAGCCACAACUACUCCAACAUUUCAGCAACUAGUGCUGGACUAGACGCCAUUAUGCAUCAUAGCAGGGCACUGUCCCAAUUGGCACUGUCAAACAAUACGCACAAAACAUACGACAGGGCCUUUCGGAACAUAACAUCAUGCAACCAUUUGUCAUGACAUCUUUGUUGGGGUUCGCUUCUUUUUGCCACCUUAAACUUAAGAUGUCAUACAACACCAUCAAACUUUAUCUAACAGGCAUUCAACACCAUAUGCUAACCUUACAACCAAACAACACAAGAUUCAUGGCCUCUCACCAAAUUAAGACUAUCCUCAGGGGCAUUCAGAAAUCUGAACCCACACGUACAUCACAGAGGCUACCCAUAGACAACCAUAUUUUCAAAGCAUUGUCUAACCUGCUCGACUUAAAACCUUUUGACACCAACACGAAUUCUGUCAUCAAAGCAGCAAUCUACAUAGCUUUCUAUGGAUUCCUAAGACCUAGAGAAUUCACUACGACCAACGCCACACAAUCUACUGCUAUUCUCCUCUAUUCCCACUUAACAAAAGACAUGGAUCAUUACAUCCUGACUCUGCCUCACUCCAAGACCAGUCAGCAUGCACCAGUUAAAAUAGCAUACUAUCCUACGCACAACAGGUGGUGCCCAGUCACGAUCUUUGAUGCAUGCAUACAGCAUCAUAACUCACUACCAUCACAACCAUUAUUCAUUUUACAAAGUUUGGUAUUCACCACUACAGCCUUCAUGAUCUACGUCAGGUCUUUACUCACGCAGCUGGGCCUCAACCCAGCUAACUACUCGAGGCACUCCUUCCGCAUAGGUGUAGCAUCCACGGCCUCCAGUGUUAACAUUCCAGUUCAUGUUAUAAAAGCACUGGGGCGCUGGAAAUCAUCCACUUACUCACGGUACACACCGAACCCAGUACAAGAAUUAAGAAAUGCAUUCAAAGACAUGUCUAGUUGAUAUGUGUAUUUGUAUUGGUUGUCUGUAAUAAAUUUGAUUACUUAAUUUUGCCCCCUUUGUUCUCAGGCCUACCUCAUCGUCGGUUCCGGCACACCACAACCGACUUGCUCUUUUAUACCAUCCUACGUUCAUUAUGGCAUUUUACUCUGUACUAUCAUAAGCACCUAACACAAAUAUAUAUAUAUAUAUAUAUAUAUAUAUAUAUAUAUAUACACAUACAUAGUUAAUAAAAUGUUAAACAAAAAUCUGCACACCAGUCAAGCCAUAAGACUUGCUUUUCCCACAGAAAUGACAAAUUUGCAGUGAUGUUACUACCGCAAAGGAUUCUGGGUGGGCAUAUGCAAAUUAGUUUAACAAAGAAUCACAUUUUUGCCUCAUUCCAUUUUAUACAUGGAUUCUUUUGAGUCUGUGUUUGCUGUAUACAACAGCUUAGGAAAAUAUGCAAAGCCAGUGAACCACUCAUGUGCUUGCGUGUAUUCAGACAUGCUCUGGUUAUUUAUAUUUCAAACUAUUGUACUCACUGUUUUGUUUGUUCUAUUCGAUUAAGUUACCCUUGGUUCCUAUUUCAUAACUCAAAGGUCGUUCAAUCAUUCUGGCCACCUUACCUAUGGCAUAUCUUAUGUAUCUACAUGUGCCUCAAGCAGAUCUUGUCAUACAUCGAUAAGUAUCUGAAUACUGGUUAAUGCAAUCGCAAAGAACUGUAAUCUUCUUUGGGUUCCCUUAACUUUUGCGAUGAAAAUUAUUCCGCAAGGUCAUGCUUUCAUAUCCAGAUUAUUUAACUUUUACCCCAUUUUCAGUCCUAUAAUCUCCAUAUUGUGCUUGACUAACAUGCCACCUCCGAUUUGCACAUAUCGAGACUUCCUACUAAAAUGGAAAGGGAAACCCACUAACCAAGUUGUUUACAGAUCCCCCCCCCUUUUUUCCCCCAAAGAGAAAAACAAUGAAAAAAAUAACCCCCUCCAAAAAACCAACCCCCCCCCAAAAAAAAAACAAGAAGUUUGCGUAUAAAUUAUCAAGAGUGGGGAUCACUCAUUCUGUAUUAUAUACCUGGCAUAUGGUCCAAAGUGGUUCAUGGGCGCUGCGCGCAGGUUGACAGCCAGACCGUAUUCCCCGAAAAACUCUGGCGAGUAGUAAGACCAGACGGUUUCAUUUGUCUCUCCAAUGCAAGCUAAUUGCACUAACUCUCUCUUCUCUAUCUCUACCUGUCAUCUCUUUCUUCCUUCUCUUUAUGGCGGGGGACAUGGUGGGCGCGGUGGGGGUGUGGGGUGCCGUGGUGGCCUCUCAACAGGGGGGUAAGCAAUACAAAGGCGAUAGAGUUCAUGAAACCCCAUGACAGUACACGUGGUCUCACUGAACGUAAAGGGUCUUAACGCCCUGACCAAGAGGCGAAUACUUUUCCGCGAACUAAAGAGACUAAAGGCGGAUAUCGCCUUUCUUCAGGAGACACACAUCACCAAACAGACAUGAUUUAAACUUAGCGACCGUACCUAUACGGCCUCCCACGAAGCUAGAACACACUGUAAGUGCAACGGAGUGGCGAUAAUAUUAAAGAGUAGCUGCCCACUGCAGAUCACAGCAACAGAUCCAGAUCCUGAAGGACGUUACAUUAUAGUUUCAGGGACCCUGUUCUCCCAUAAGAUACACCUAGUCAAUGUGUAUGCCCCCAAUCAUCCGGAUCCAGUGUUUUGGUAUACGCUUACAGACAAAAUUCAGGCUUUGCCAACAGGCAUUUUUUUAGUAGGGGGGGACUUUAAUGCGGCACCGAGUCCAGCAGUCGAUAGAAGUGCUCGUGGGGGAAUGCCCAGGUCACAAGGGAGAGGGGGCAGGAUAAACUGCUACACGAUUUCAUGCGUCGAUCUGGCUUGAUUGAUGUAUGGAGAGCUCAGCAUCCAGGCAUGAUCGACUACACCUAUUAUUCCGCCCCACAUGGGACACCUUUGAGGGUAGACUUCUUCCUAACUAAUGACAGUUGCCUCACACGUACUAUAAAAUCUGCCGUGGGUUCUAUCACGUGGUCAGACCAUGCUGACAUCUCAGUCACCCUAGGCGGCCUAUGCACAGCGACUCCCUGGACCUGGAGACUUAAUACAUCCCUACCAUCCUAAAAUUCAAGAACAGGUACAUAAAGACUUAGUAGAAUUUUUUACCAUCAAUACUACCCCUGACAUAAACGUAAGCACACUCUGGGCAGCACACAAGAUGGUAGUGAGGGGAACUUUUAUACGCUUAGCAACGAUUUGGAAAAAACAAAAGGCGGAAACUUUGAGAAGGCUGCUCACGGACCUUAAGACGGGUGAACAAAGACAUCAGUCAAACCCUGACAGGGAUACGCUGCGACAGGAAGAAAAUAGGAGACUAGAGAUAAGAGAACUGUUAUUAGAUGAGGCGGCACAGCCCGUGACGUGGUCCAAAAGGGCCCUUUUAUGAAAAGGCAAACAAAAUGGAUACCCUACUGGCUAGGACCCUGCGGCCUAGACAGGGACGUACUCAUAUUACCUCAAUUAGGCAUCCCAACGGCUCAUUGAAAAGCACACCAAAGAAAAUCGAGGGAGUCUUUAGGGACUUCUGCAAAACGCUAUAUAAUCAUACGCCGAACCAUGGUGGGGGGGAGGAACAAGAGACGGAGCGUAUCCUCCAAUUCUUGUCAAAGCUGGAUUUGCCAAAACUCUUACAAGUGGCCAAAGACCAAUUAGCGUCGGAAAUCACGGAGGAGGACGUAGAAAGGGCUAUUACAGGUGUCAAAGGUAACAAAGCACCUGGGCCGGACGGUUUUGAUGGGUCUUACUAUAAGACCUUUAGGGAGGACUUAGUUCCCCACCUGCUCAAACUUUUUAAUAGCUUCAGAGAGGGCGGCACGCCAGACCAGGAUAUGGCACUGGCGUCCAUAGUAUUGUUGCCUAAACCGGACAAAGACCCAUUACUCCCAGGUAGCUACAGGCCCAUUUCCCUUAUAAAUCAUUAUAUGAAGCUGUUCGCUAAAAUACAGACGGACCGUCUCUCUCCACAUUUGACAUCUUUGAUAGAUGCAGACCAAGUUGGCUUCAUACCAGGGAGGCAAUUAUUUGAAAACACCCGUAGAACCAUAUACCUCAUAUGGAAACAAUCAAUUACGAGUACGCCUACUUUAGCCAUUUUGAUCGACGCCGAAAAGGCUUUUGACAGAGUUAAGUGGCAUUAUAUGUUCACAUUACUACAACACCUAGGAUUCCCAGCGGAAUACACCACGGCGGUACGGGCUAUGUAUAGCAACCUUAGAGCUCAAGUUUGGAUUUCGGGUGCAAUACCUUCCCCAUUUCAGCUUUUCAACGGCACAAGACAGGGUUGCCCUCUUUCCCCAUUGUUGUUUGUUAUCUCAUUGGAACCCUUUUUACAGGAGCUUAGAACAAAUCCAGAUAUACAUGGAGUGAGGGUGGGAGAUAGAGAAUUUAAAGUAGCGACAUAUGCCGAUGAUGUCUUACUGACUAUUACGAGACCAGAGAUCUUUAUGGGGGCCCUAAGCGAAGUUAUAACAGCGUAUGGGGAAAUAUCAGGCUUCAAGGCGAACAUGACAAAAUCUAGUGUACUGCCCAUAGGGAUGCAAGUAAGGGAGACUAAUCGCAUACACACCAAGUAUCGUAUCAAGAUUGAAACGCACUCCCUCAAAUACCUGGGGAUUCACUUGACUGCUGAUCCUGGGGAUUUAUAUGCCCGAAACUAUACCCCCUUAUGGCGUACUUUAAUACAAGAUAUGGAACGAAAAAACGAUGAUCUGGAUAGGAAGGAUCCACUCGGUGAAGAUGAAUAUGAAAAUUCAUAUGAAAUAUGAAAAUAAAAGACACCGCAUAGCUAGGCAUAUUCUAUACAGACCUAAACCGGGAGGAGGUCUGGGCCUCCCUAAUUUAUUCCUACGUGGGAGCACAGCUGACACAGAUUGCUUUGUGGCACUCACCUCCCAAUGAGCGGAAAUGGGUGGAGAUAGAAUCACUAAUGAUGGGCGUGGAUCUCCCCCAGUUCGCGAUGUGGGUCCCCAGGGAACACAGGCCUCUGAUUAGGGUUACAUGCCUGACAAUUUUGAACUCCCUCAGACUAUGGGACUCCUAUGGACCAGGGUCCGGAGAUAAUCACCUUUGAUGAUCUUAAACAAGGAAGACCUCUAACACCUAACGAUUUUUUUUAGAUAUUUACAAAUUAAAGACUUUGCUAGACAGCCACAUAUAAAAUCCUUAGCACAUAAGACACUGACCUUCUUCGAAUCAAUAUGUAACUCGGAGACUAUCCCCAGGGGUCUCAUAACCCAACUGUACGCACAUCUAUGGACUGAAACUAAGGAAUGAGGGGACUAGCAUACAUCGCACUAUAGGUGAGGGAUCUUGGUGAGGAACUUGAGGGAAUAGAAUGGCAGGAGAUCUGGGAGGCCAGCAGAAACACCUCUGUAUGCGUGACAUUACAGGAACAAUCCUUUAAAUUGAUGUUGCGAUGGUAUACAACCCCAGUUAUGCUAUUUAAAAUGCGCAAAACCACUACAGACGAAUGCUGGAGGGGAUGUGGAGAAAAGGGGACAUACCUACACAUGAGGUGGGAGUGUCCUAAGAUUGCCAGAUUUUGGAAGGCCAUAAGGGACCUUCUAACACAAGUGUUUUCCAGAGCUCCAGAUAUGGACCCUUGGGUAUAUCUAUUGAAUAGAUCUAUUGAUGGCUGGACUAGAAGGGAGCAAAGACUAAUUCAUAAAUUUACUCUAGCUGCAAGAAGAGCUAUAGCACACACAUGGCUACAAUCAGAUAUGCCACACAUAGCGAGCGUCAUAACGAGAAUUAGGGAAGUACGCUUAAUGGAUGAUCUGACUGCUAGGGUUAGGGGGACCACGGAGUCGUUCCAGAAACUUAAGGAGCCGUGGGAUGAUAGCCCACUGAGCACUUAGGUGCCGGAGGGGUCUUCAUGAAUUUGCCUCGGUCCCCCUCCUCCCUCGGCCCCCCUCCUUCUUCCUGCCCUCUGGUGCCCCGCCGUGUGUUUAUACACCCCAAUUUUUCUUAUCUUCCCUUUCACUUUUUAUCUUUCCUGAUCUUUUUUUAUCCUUCUUCUUUUUCUCUCUUUUUCCUUCUCUCACCUUGUAUUUCAUGUCUUACUCUUUGAAACGUCCUUCUUUUUCUUUACUUUCUUAUGUUUUAGUAUAUCACUACCGGUACUUCUGACCAAAACGCUUCUGAACCCACUUCAACGAGCUAUUGGUAACUUUGUGUGGCAAAAUAAAAGACACCGCAUAGCUAGGCAUAUUCUAUACAGACCAGUGGCGUACAUACCAGGGUCGCAGGGGUCGCGGCUGCGACCGGGCCCGGCCCACCAGGGGGCCCGGCCGCCCCUGCGACCCGGUAUGUAGCCACAGGGCCAGCGUCUUCUCCUGGGGGGCCCAGGAGGUGGCCACCUCAGGGCCCCCCGAGGCUGGCCGUGCUGACCCCGGCGGGCGGGCGGGCUGGCUGGCUGGGUGGGUGGGUGGCCGGCGCGCGAGGGAGCACUCAGUGCUUCCUCUUCAGCUCCCUUGCACACCGCCCUGAUACCGGAGCCGGAAGAUCUUCCGGCGCCGGCAUCCCCACGCGGCGCGCGAGGGAGCUGAAGAGGAAGCACUGAGUGCUCCCUCGCGCGCCGGCCACCGAGACAGACAGACAGCCCGCCCAGCAGCACCACUGGACCCCAGGGAAUCCCCCCAGCACUCCAAAAGGUAAGGAGGCUGGGGGGAUUAAAUUUUUUUUUUUUUUUUUAAAUAUGUGUGUUUGUUAGUGUAUGUAAUAUGUGUGUGUGUGUUAGUGUAUGUAUGUAUGUAUGUGUGUGUGUUAGUGUAUGUAUGUGUGUGUGUGUUAGUGUGUGUGUGUUAGUGUAUGUAUGUGAGUGAUAGUGUUAGUGUAUGUGUGUAUGUUAGUGUGUGUGUGUUAGUGUGUGUGUGUGUUAGUGUGUGUGUUAGUGUAUGUGUGUGUGUGUGUGUUAGUGUAUGUAUGUGAGUGAUAGUGUUAGUGUAUGUGUGUGUGUUAGUGUGUGUGUGUGUAUGUAUGUAUGUGUGUGUGUGUUAGUGUGUGUGUGUGUGUGUUAGUGUAUGUGUGUGUGUGUGUUUUAGUGUUUGUGUUAGUGUGUGUGUCAGUGAGUGUGUCUGUUAUUGGGUGUGUGUCUGCUAGUGAGUGUGUUACUGUGUGUGUCUGUUACUGAGUGUAUUUGAUGUCUGUUAGUGAGUGUGUGUUUGUCAGUGAAAGUGUAUGUUUUGUAAGUGAGUGUGUAUGUAUGUCUGUCGCUGAGUGUGUCUCUGUCAGUAAAUGUGUGUGUCUGUUAGCUAGUGUGUAUGCGUCUGUUCGUGAGAGUGUGUGUGUGUAUGUCUUUAGCAUUUACCUUUCUCCAGCGUCGGACUCCCUUGGCGCUGGGGAUCCCUCCACCUCUCAGCUCCGAAUGCAAGAGGCGCACGCGCAUUUAAACCGCCCAUAGGAAAGCAUUACUCAAUGCUUUCCUAUGGACGUACAGUGUCUUCUCACUGUGAUUUUCACAGUGAGAAUCGUGGAAGCUCCUCUAGCAGCUGUCAAUGAGACAGCCACCAGAGGCUGGAUUAACCCUCAGUGAAACAUAGCCGUUUCUCUGAAACGGCUAUGUUUUCAGCUGCAGGGUUAAAACUAGAGGGACCUGGCACCCAGACCACUUCAUUGAGCUGAUGUGAUCAGGGUGUCUGUAGUGGUCCUUUAAGUGUGUGUGCAUACCGCGGUCGCGGGGUCGCAGCCCUGCAACCCCUGCGACCAGGUGCCCGCCGCCAUGUGUUGCGGCCCCGACCCGCGCCGAGUAAGCGCGGGGGGGCCCACGGAUCAAUUUUCGGGGCCCCAUGAAUCAUGUGUACGCCACUGAUACAGACCUAAACCAAGAGGAGGUUUGGGCCUCCCUAAUUUAUUCUAUUACUACGUGGCAGCACAGCUGACACAGAUUUGUGGCUUUGUGGCACUCACCUCCCAAUGAGCGGAAAUGGGUGGAGAUAGAAACACUAAUGAUGGGCGCGGAUCUCCCCCAGUUCGCGAUGUGGGUCCCCUGGGAACACAGGCCUCUGAUUAGGGUUACAUGCCUUCACAGGGCAAGUAGCAAGAGAACUACGGAUACAGGGAUCUUUAUUUGUUUCCAACAGGAAGCACGAUUUGUAAUGUACACAUGUGUCAGCUUAUACCGACAUUACUACUAUAGCUAACUAAGUACCUGAGUUUCUGUUUGGACAUAUUACUUAAAAAUGUACAUAUGAGGCCAGCCACGAAAAGUUUACUGUACAACAUUAUUUGUUAUUAUUAUCGACCUGCAUUAAUGUAUUGCACUGCAAAUUUAUAGAAUAUACCUGGUAAGCUGCAGAGGCUCAUGGAUAUUGCUGGCCUUGCACUAGCUUACUGAGAAUACAAGUUGGUUCUGGUAUAAACAUGAUAUCACAUGAUAUCACCUAUAAUCAAAGCUGUUACUUUUGAUGCCAAUAGAUGUGGUUUUCUUUUCCAACAAAAAUGGGGAAGAAAAAGGAUCUCUCUGCUGCUGAAAAGAGUGAAAUAGUUCAAUGCCUUGGACGAGGUAUGAAAACAUUAGAUAUUUCACGAAAACGUAAGGGUGAUCAUCGCACUAUUAAGUGAUUUGUUGCUGAUUCAGAGCACAGACGGGUUUGUGCAGAUAAAAGCACAUUGAGGAAGAUUUCUUCCAGAUCCAUGCAUCGGAUCAAGAGAGCAGCUGCUAAAAUAUCAUUACAUAGCAGCAAACAGAUAUUUGAAGCUGCUGGUGCCUCUGUAGUCCCACGGACAUCAAGGUGUAGAGUCCUCCAGAGUCUUGCAACUGUGCAUAAACCUUCUAUUCGGCCACCACUAACCAAUGCUCACAAGCAGAAAUGGCUGCAUUGAGCAGAAAAAUACAUGAAGACUAGUUUUCAAACAGUCCUGUUCACUAAUGAGUGCCGUGCAACCCUGGAUGGUCCAGAUGAAUGGAGUAGUGGAUGGUUGGUGGGCGGCCACCCUGUUCCAAAAAGGCUGCGAUGUCAGCAAGGCAGUGGUGGAGUCAUGUUUUGGGCCGGAAUCAUGGGAAGAGAGCUGGUCGGUCCCCGAAGGUGUAAAGAUGACCUCUGGAAAGUAUGUGGAGUUUCUGACUGACCACUUUCUUCCCUGGUGUAGAAAGAAGAACUGUGCUUUCCGUAAUAAAAUCAUCUUCAUGCAUGACAAUGCACCAUCUCAUGCUGCAAAGAAUACCUCUGCAUCAAUAGCUACUAUGGGGAUAAAAGGAGAGAAAGUCAUGGUGUGGCCUCCAUCCUCCCCUGACCUCAAUCCUAUUGAGAACCUUUGGAGCAUCCUCAAGCAAAAGAUCUAUGAGGGUGGGAAGCAGUUUACAUCCAAAUAGCAGCUCUGGGGGGCUAUUCUGACAUCUUGCAAACCAAUUCUAGCAGAAGCUGUCCAAAAACUCACAAGUUCAAUGGAUGCAAGACUUGUGAAGCUGCUAUCAAAUAAGGAGUCCUAUGUUAAAAUGUAACGUGACCUGUUAAAAUGUUUAAAACGUUAAAAUGUUUGAUUGAAAUAGCUUUUGAUUUCAGUAAAUAUGCUGCAAAUACAUCAAAUUACAAUUUUCAGUUCUUUACAACGUAUAAAGUGUUUUGAAACUUACUGUGCGUAAUAAUUUGGAACAGUGCAUUGUAAGUUUUUUUAUGUUUUAAAAAAAUACUGUUAUCAUUAGGAGGUUUGUUCAAUAAAAUUUGAAUUGUUGAUAACAUGAGAAUUAUGCUGACUGUUAUUUACAUCAAUUAUUUAGGUAAAUUAGAAAAAUAUAAUUUGCAUAAUAAUUUGGAACAGGGUGUAGAUUACUUAUUCUCAGUCAUCUUUUCCAGUCACUGUCCUAUCUCAUCGAUGUGGCACCUUUCGUACCACACACAAAUCACAACAUAAAUACUGGCAUUUUUAUAGCUUUUAUUGGUUUCUAAGACCAAAAGAACUUUCUCCAUGAACGUCCCUUCCCCAGACUACAUCAAGAUAUCUCACCUCACAAAGAUACAUGACCACUACGUAUUACCAAUCAGCCAUACCAAAUCUAGCCAAAUCCCCUAUUAAUCUACCAAAAACCAAUGAUGUCCAGUAAUAAUUCUAGAUAACAACCUAACCUCUGUUCAAGGUUCUCCUGACCAGCUCCUAUUAGCCUUACACAGCAAUACUCUAACGACAAGUAAAUUCAGGCUUUAUCUCAAGAUGUCACUGCCUGGUAAGAUAAGGUCUUAAUCCAGCUAAUUACGCAGGUCACUCCUUCCACAUCGGUGCCUUCAGGAAAUAUGCCGGUAUAUAUUAUUGGGACAGUGGAGGUCCUAAGCGUACUCCAGAUACAUACCUCAACCUGUUCUAAAAUACACCAAGCCUUCCAUAAUAUGAAUAUGUAAUAUAUUGUAAUAUGCUUAAUUUGUAGGUGGUAUAAUCCUGUAUGGUAUACUCAUUUUUGCCCUUUUUUAUUACAGUCCCACCGCAUUGUCGGUUCCGGCACACCCCAACAACUUUUUCAUAUUACUUUAUGUCUCUUAUGCCUCCCCCACCGCCCCCCCAAAAAAAAAAAUAUAUAUAUAUACACAGUUGCAAUCAAAAUUAUUCAACCCACACUGAAAAUCAGGUUUAUUGUCAACAUUUAAAGAGUUUCUGCUGUUUGCAAUGAACAAAUCAAACAUGAGUUACUGAAGUAGCUCAACACUUCCAGUGGUUUCCCUAAAUUCAACUAAAAAUGCAACUUAUGACUUCCCCAGACCCAAAUAUGGAAAACAGUUGUGGUCUCAAGUCACAUCAUCAUUCAUUAUUUCCAACAGGUGUGCUUGAGCUGGACCACUUGAAAUACCUGAACUGGUUAGGGAUCUGUUGAGUGUCACGUUUGACUGCAUAUGAGAAAGCCAAAAGAAUGGUCCACAAAGUUAAAAGAAGAGAUCAUCACCCUUCACACACAAGGAACAGGAUAAACAAGUUAACAAAGGCACUGAAUGAUCAUAGAGACACAGUUGGAAGCAUAGUUUGCAAGUUCAAAGUUAAAGGAACAGUGGUUACACUACCUGGAUGGGGCAGAAAAAAUAAGCUAUCGAUGGCUACAACCAGAACUCUGAGAAGGCAUGUUGAAAAAAACCCUGGAGUGACUGCAAAAGACCUGCAGCAAGUCUUGGUGGCAACAGGCAUUGAGGUUUCAGUGAGUACAGUAAGCCGCAUACUAACCAAAGGCAUACACCACCACUGACCAAAAGGCACACGACAAAUUGGCUUCAAAAUGCUCAGCAUCAUAUAAAUAAGCCACAGAAGUUUGGAGAUUAUGUUUUGUGGAGCAAUGAAACAAAACUGAAGCGGUGUGUCUGGAGGAAGAAGAAUGAAGCAUACACUGAAAGUAGCGCUCUGCCGACUGUUAAGCAUGGUGGUGGCUCGGUGAUGCUCUGGGGCUGCUUUGCAUCCUCUGGCAGUGGAAACCUGCAGCACGUGGAAGGCAAGAGGAAGUAUAAUUGAAGUAUCUGAAAAUCCUAGAAGAAAACAUCAUGCUGUCUGUGAGGAAGCUGAAGCUUGGACAUCAUUGAACCUUCCAAUAAUGAUCACAAGCAUACAUCAAGUUUCACCAAGGCUUGAUUGCAGAAGAAAUCCUGGAAAAUUCUACAGUGGCCAUCAGUCACCUGACUUGAACCCCAUAGAAAAUCUCUGGUGGGAUUUAAAGAAGGCGCUCGCAGCACGCAAGCCCUAGAAUAUUAUGGAACUAGAGGCCAUUGCUCAUGACCAAUGGGCUAAACCUCUUCAGGAACACUGCUUGAAGCUGGAGUCUGGCUAUGCUUCUAAUUUGCAAAAGGGCACUCAACUCCAUACUAAAGAUGCUCAUUGUAAGUUGUAUUUUUAGUUGAAUUUGGGGAAACCACUUUAAGUAUUUAUUGUGUUGAGCUAUUUCAAUUGAUUUUGUUUGCUUUGUUCAUUGCAAAUAUCUGAAAGUCUGUACAUUCUGAAAACAAGCCUUAUUUUAUAUACAUAUAUUGUAUUGCUUGGUGCCUGCCUUUUCAUUUAUAGGUCCCUAAAGGCCUUUUAGCUACUGUCACUAUUUUAAACCCUCCCCAUUGCUGGGCAGUGGUUGUGAGGAGGGGUGCUAUAGACAGGUCCUCCUUAUCGUCAUCGCAUUGUCCAUAGGAUUAUUAUAAUACAGUUUUGUGCCUGCACCCUGUCAGAUUGGGACAUAGAGAUGAUUUUCUCUUCCUUAUGGUUGAAUGGGUUUUUUGUUUGGGGAAGCUGGCUAGCAAGUACUGGUCAGGUGCCACCUGAUUAAUCUCAUGCAACUGAGGUUUUUUUUUCUUAUCUGCUUACUGCUUGCAGUACCUGUGGGCAAGCAUUAAAUUUUUUUUUUUAAAUAUAGGCCUCAAUUUAAUAAGCUUUCCAAAUGAUUCAAUAAUGUUAGGAAAAACUUUCCAAGUUAUUUAUCUACAGAGGUCACCAUUAAAGAAUUAUUGAAUGUUUGUAGAUGAGUCAUUUGGAAAGUUUUUCUAACCGUAUUGAAUCAUUUGGAAAGCUUCAAUACUGCUUCCUAAGAGCAUUACCAGGAUUUGUGUACACUAGCAGCAAUAUCAGACAAGAAAUUACAUGUGAACACGCCCAAACCAAAAUAUAAAUCUAUUGUGUUUUUUUUUUUUUUUACUUGUUGAGUCAUGAAGUGGAAACACUGUCUAAAAGCAAUGCAAAUAAGAAAGAAAUACAUAUGUAAAUAUGCCAUGUAGGCUAAGUCUUGGAGAGGUACAUGAAUAAAAUAAAAUGUAAAAAAUCCAGGUAGUUCAUUUAUAUUGAUUUGUAAAAGGCUGGCAUUAAAGAAAAGAGGAACACUUCAUAUGGGCAUUUAAAGAACUAUAGAAUAUUCAAUUGAUAUUAGAAUGGUUUAUCAAUGAAUAUUGGGACAUCACUAGGGGACUUUAAGCAGCAUAACCAUUUUUAAUGUGAUUAAGUGAUUAUAGUGCCCAGAGUGUUCCUUUGAGUUAGGGGUCUCAAAGUCAAUUCAUUUGCGGGCUACUUGCUUAUUCGUAGGUUUUCAUGGGUGAUGCAGGUUCGUACUGCCAGAUGCACUCCGACACACAUUAAUUCUUACUCCCUUGCACACAGAUAUAUACACACAACUACGUAUAACAAAUGUGAGGAAGGCUGAACUUGAUGGACACAAGUCUCUUUUCAGCUAUGUAACUAUGUAUAUCCAUUCCAGAGUUUAUUGAUGGAGACUGCUUACCUGUUUUGAGAAUGACUGCUUUGAGAAUGACAUCACUGACGUUCCAGAACUUUAUUAAAGAAUGCUAGAAAUUUACUAUUGAAGUUGGGCGAACACACAGCCUUUUCAACCAUAGCAAAUAAGGAUGUGAUUGUAGAUCAAAUGUGAACCAGGCCAAUAACAAAUGAGGCAUAGAGAGGUAUGCCUAUGGCUUAAACAUACGUCUCUAAUGCAGUCCACAGCCAUCCAUCCCAAAUUACAUUAUUUGGGGAGCCACAAAUGAUCACUAGACUGAAUAUCCUUCUGGUACUUAACAAAGGGAGAGUGGUAGAAGUUGGGUUGUAAGCUUUUUAGCACCAAAGUGACUGGACGUCCCUUUAAAACUAUGUGAAGAAAGAAAUCCAUUGUGUUGUACAAGACGAGUUAAAGGGACACUGUAGUCACUAUAAGCAUUUCAUCUCUUUGAAUUGGUUAUAGAGCCUGGAGUGCCCUGGCACUGUCCCUCCAUUCAGUGUUGCACCAUGUUCGUGCAGUAUGCCACAAAAUAAGAGUCCCUGGCCACCCACAGUCCGGCCCCUUCAGUAUGUGUAGCUAAGGCAGAGAUUACACACUUCCUUGUUGUCAUACUCAUUCAUACCGUCAGUUGGAACUCUGACAGGCUAAAAGCAGUCAGCUGACACUCUCAGCCAAUCACAGCUGCCUAUUGCUGCUCAGGCUAAUACUUCCUUAUUAGCCAAAGCAGCACAGAGGGGAUGGAUUGCCGGGGACUCUUGUUUAGCAUUAAAACACUAAAAGUUUAAAAACUGUUUAAUGCUGAAAGAAAUGAGGGUACCAGAGGACUCCACACACUAUAACCAGUUUAAUGAGACGAAGCAGAUACAGUGCCUACGGUGUCCCUUUAAGCUGCUUUCUAACACACUUUAUCAAAGGACUAGGGUCUAUGAACUAGAAUCUCUCAGGGUUUAUCCAUUAAAAGGUAGUACCAUCCCUCUAUAAAACCUGCUAACCUCAAACACAGCAUAUUAGCCCAGAUUGCAUGGGAUGGCAAAAGCUGCUGGAAGUGUCUGUAAUCACUCCAACUCGUGAUUACUAACCAAUAUCCAAACACACAAGAGUUAGAGGGUCCGUGUACAGGGUCCACUCUAUUUAGUGGUGGGUACAUUGGGGCCUUGCUGUUGUUUGUUUAUUUUUUUAUCUCCUCUUUGUACUUUUUAACCCUAAGCAUAGUACAGGUGAUAUGUCAACUAUUUUGUUAUCUUGCUUGUUCUAUAAGCUUUGUUUUAGAUGUUACUCUUAAUCUUCCUUGAUAUUGUUGCUUUUAAGUCAUGUAGUAAUAUUUCUCUUCUUUUUACACAUUCUCUAUUUUUCAGGGCACUGUGCUUUGUGAUAUAAUUUUACUGAAUUUCCUGAAAGGGGCUGAUCAAUAUAAAGCCAAGAAGUUUGAAGAGGUAAAGCUGCUGGGGAAAAUUUCAAAUUUAUUUUGUGGUCAUUUGUGGGAUUCUUGUAUUCUUUGCAAUAAACGUCCCCCCCCCCACCUCUCUCCCCAAUAUGACAUGCUCCCAUCACUGGUGUGUUCUUGCAUAUGUGAGAUAGUACAAAAUGUAAUUCAAUAAACGAUAUUGUGAAACCCCCAACAGAUGGUCUCAUAUGUACAAUCUCAGUCUGAACUUUGCCACCUUAUGGCUACAUAAAUCAAAAUAAACCCUACUUUAUCUUUUAUAUUCUGAUUUCAUAGGAAUUUCAGUCUUUUUGAAUAGUUCAGCCUUUCUUUUUAUCAAGACUCUAUAUUUAGGAAAACUCAAAAUUGAUAUUGUUAGAGAGCAGAAGAGCUGCUUUGAGAAUGACAGUGGGCCAAAUGCAGAUGUUUGUGAGGUCAUGGGAGUUUAAUACGGAUGCUGGGGAAGUUAGAGAAUGGCAUGGUACUGGUGGGAAAAUGGAAAAAAAAGCAAGAUUGCUUGGAACAUAUGAUAAAUAUGUGACAGCCAAUCAAGUUGCAGUGUUUUGAGGGUUGUAGUGAAUUGUGGUAGUCAAGAGGUGGCAGUGGAAAUGAGGCCGAAGCACUAAGAAUCCUAAUCUGAUUUCAAAAUAACUGGAAAAAAGCUAAUGAAGGGACAAGGAAAGUAAAGAAGCUUUCAAAUGCACUUCCAAAAUAAAACAAAAACAAAAGUAAAGGUAAAAGGAGACUUCUUUUGAAAUGUGAGAGAAAAUAAUAUUGUGUAAAUAUAUAGAGCAUGUUAGGUAGAUGUGAUGAUCAUUGGCAGUCAAAUAUAAACCAAAGAAAUAAUGGUGAAAAUUAUUAUUCUGAAUGUAUUUAUUUAUAUGUACCAGUACAUGCAGAAUGCUUUGGAAUAGACAGACUAAACAGAACACAGCUCACUGCAACAUGUCUACAGAAAGCAUGUAUAACAGUGAUAUAGAUGUGAAUAACACUCUUACAAGUAUUUAGUAAUAUUUUCACUCUCUAUCCAUGUAUUAUUUAUCUUUUUUAUCUUUCAGGUCUCUGAUGAAACCCCCACUUUGGGAAGUCAAAUGUAUAAAAGUGACCAAACGCUGGCAGGACGUGCCGAUGAAAAACGGUCUACAGACUCUGGGGCCUUCUCAAUAGGCCUGUAAUCUCUGUAUAGUCUUCUUCACUCUUUCAGGGUUAUGACUGUGAUGCUUUAUGUGAUCCUUCAACGUUCUCUUAAGUGCUUUGUAAAUAUGUUUUUAUUUAUUUUCUUUUUUAGUUUAGGGGUGUGACAUAUAUAAAGAACUAAUAGUGUGCUUUACACUAAGUACAAAAAAAAAAAGGUUUUGUUUAGAAAAAAAAUACUUUUUGCUUCCUGGCUUCUGGUUUCCUUUCUGCAAUUAGUCCUACAGACUCCACAGCUGAUCCAUGGUGGUUUUACACAGACUUAGGAUAAUUAGUGGUAGAAAAAUUCUGUUUGACAUCAGGUUCCAUUUUACUUCUGUAAUGAGUUACGAUAAUGUUAUGAUAUAGCAUGUAGAUAUAGCAUAACGAUUCAGCAUGGAAAAUGCCUUGUGAAUAAUACAAAGAGAUAAGCAGAUAAGCAGAGGGGGCACAAUAUGAAUAGAACAAUAAAAAUAUAACUGUAAUAUUGGUUGAAUUAUUAAUUCGUAUUCUUAAAGCUAAAAUAAUUUUGCAUAUAAUCAAUGUUACAAUGUUUCCCACAUGGAACUGAAGAGACAACAGGUUGCAGGAGAAGUGUUAUAGUAGAGGUGUGGAUUAUGAACAAGAGGUUGUAUUAUGACCCAAAUUGUGAUCCUACAAAUUGUGUAUGUGCUUAAAUUGUGUAUGUGCCUACAAAUUGUGUAUGUGCUUAAAACAUACAAUAUAACCUGUUACAUAUAUAUAUAUAUAUAUAUAUAUAUAUAUAUAUUUAAUAAUUAUUUAAAAAGAUGAGAGUUCCCCUUGAAUUGAUUCCUAAAUUAUUUUAACAUUUUCCAUUUACCUAUCUAGGCACCCACCUCUUCUAUACUACAACUUUUGUGAUAUUGAAUUCUGGCUACCCCCCUUCACUAGCUCUUUUCUUCGUAGCAUCACCUUUCAGAACAACUGUAAAUACAAAUUAAAAAAUUUAAAAAAUAAAGUAUAUAUGUAUACAUUGCCACCUUCUAUUUUAGUUGAAACCAUUGUGUCCUCUUGUCUGUUACAAACGCCCAAUGAUUUUUAUUUCAACACCAUUAUGUCUUUAGGACUGUUCGCAAUAAAAUGAGGGUAAAUAUAGGGUUUAUCAAAUAUGAUGUAAUAUAUAUGGUGAUUUUGUCCCCUAGGAAAAUAAUGCAUAAUCUAGAUUGGUGUCUUUUUUGCACAAACAAAACAGCAGAUACUGAAAACUAUAGAUAAAUGUAUAUCCAUUUCCUGAAAUUUAGAAAUUGUGUAAAUUGAUAUUCUGAGAAUGUUCUAGCUUAUUAUGAACUACUAUCAUUACCUCUGUAGUACAUAUUUUUAUUAAAGUAUACUUGUUCCGAAC